UUACAGUUCCAAUGGAAGAAUCAGUUCCUGAUAAAGCCAAGCCUGUAACUGAGGAGAGAUUUGAGCCUAAGAGAGCUCCAGCAGCACGAUCUGCUCCCGAGGAGCCAACACCAAAAGUCAGGAAACUACAACUCCCAUCAGACUUUGUCAAGAAGACAGAAUCUCCACGUGAAGUAUCACCUCGUGACCAGAGGUACAGAGAAGAAGUCAAAAUGGAAAUGGGCAGGAAACCAGAUAUGCCUACUUAUGAGCAAACCUUCAGACUACCUGCUGGAGAACCAGUACAAGUUACACCUAAACAGAAACCAAGAUUUACUCAACCUCUACAGAACAAGAAUGUAGACCAAGGUGAGCCUGUUGUAUUUGAAGCUCGUGUUGAAGCUCAUCCAGAACCUAUUAUUAAAUGGUACAGAGAUGAUGUUGUUGUCAGAAGCUCUCCAGACUACGAGAUAACUUAUGACAAUGGAGUAUGCAGACUUAGCAUUGCUGAGACAUUCCCAGAAGAUUCUGGUGUGUUCAAGGUCAUUGCUACCAAUGCUGAUGGAUCAGAUACAACACAGGCUAAACUACAAGUACAAAGAUCACCAAUCAUGUCACCAGUGAGUGAAGCAUUCAAGGCAGACAAAGCUCCAACAAGGGAGGAAAGAAUUCCAUCCCCUAUUGAGCCUGAAGCUCCUCGCUUUACACAAUUACCACAAAACCAGAAACUUAAAGAAGGCACCAAUACAGUAUUUGAAUGUACUGUUAUGGGUAAACCUUUCCCAGAUGUAUCCUGGAGAAAACGUGGAUUCCCAAUCAGGGUUAGCCAAAGAUACAGGAUAACAAUAGAUGAGAAUUCAGGAAGGAUAACUCUGACUAUUGUCAACAGUAAACCUGAUGAUGUAGGACAGUACACAUGUACUGCUGUUAACCUGAUGGGACAGACAGACACCACAGCCACACUUAUACCACCAGAAGAAAAAAUGGCACCACCACCUCCAGCACCAAAGACAUGGCAACCAAUGGUCACUGAGCAACCAUUGAAACCAUGGCAACAACAGCCAGAGAUGACACAGCAGCCAACUAGACCAUGGUACCAGCAGCCAGAUGUCACACAACAGCCGGUCAAACCAUGGCAACAACAGCAAGAGAUGGCACAACCUCGUAAACGAUCAGACUUCUUUGUUCCAAGAUCUGAAAAAAAUCUUGAGACCAACAUACAAUAUAGACUGUCUCAGGAAAGAGAAGUCCCUAUUGUAACAUCUACUUUGGAAUUUACUCCAACUGGAUUUGAACAAAGUUUGAUGCAGAAACAGUUUUACAAAGAAGGCCAUAUCAAAUUCUCUAGUGAGACUGAAACAUCUGAGUAUGAAUCUGAUGUAACAACAGACAGAGUACAACCAAGUGCUCCUGCACCUCCUAAAAUAGUGCAGGAACUCAAAGACUUUAGAUUACUUGAAGGAUCUGAUGCAACAUUUGUUUGUCGCAUCACAGGAAGACCACGCCCUAAAGUAGCUUGGUAUAAAAAUGGCCAGAGAAUAAAACGUAGCACUCGUUACGAGAUGAAAUAUAAUAAAGAUGGCUACAGUACAUUACGCAUCAGAAUGGCUUUACCAGAAGAUGCUGGACAUUAUACAGUAUUGGCUGUGAACUCUUCAGGAAAGGACACAUGUUCUAGUGAACUGUACGUGGAUAGUAUAGGAAAUAUUGAUUCCACAUCAUUUGUUGGAAAGGAAGCCUUAGACAAAAUACUUGGAGUUGACAAAGAUAAGGACAAGCGCCCAGAAGAAGAGGGAGGCAUCAUGGAGGCCCUAUCUAGGCCCCUGUUUAAGAAAGUCCCAGAGGACCGUGAAGUCAGAGAGGGCAACACUGUAAGAUUUGAUACCCUUGUCUCUGGACGUCCAGCCCCAGAAUUAACAUGGUACAGGGAUGAUGUACAAGUUCACAAUGAUGACCAACACAAGAUUGUUGUCAAUGAAGAUGGAGUGAACUCCCUGAUCAUUCUGGCUGCUUCCAGAAACGAUUCCGGACAUUAUGUAUGUCUUGCUAACAACAAGGCAGGUGAAAACUCAUUCACAGUGGAGCUUAAAAUACUAGAAAAAGAACAAAUGCAACCGCCCAGAUUUGUAGAAAGGAUACAGAACUUCAACAUUCGUGAAGGUCAACCAGUAACCUUGAGAUGUCAGGUAAUUGGUAUACCACAGCCAAUGAUAAGCUGGCAGAAGGAUGGCAAGAUGCUGAUCCCAAACAAACCUUACAGGAUUGAGACAGAAGGUGGCAGGUCUACACUGACCAUUGAUACAGUAGAACCAUUUGAUUCUGCCUGGUUCCAGUGCUCUGCUGCUAAUGUGGCUGGAACAGCUACAACCAGAGGAAAACUGACAGUCAAAUCUGAGGUAAAGAAACCAGAACCAAAGAAGAAGAUAACCAUACAGAAGAAACAAGUAUCCCCAGUUAAAGAGGUGCCAGAGCCUGCGCCUAAACCUGUGGUCCUUAGGCCUACACCAAAACCACAGCCGGUCACACCAAGGACAGACUCACCACCACAUUAUGACAUCCAGAAAGAGGGCUUUGUACAACAGAUUUCCUAUGUCACAGAGGGCGCUAGUGCUACUCUUAGACUGGUCCCUGAUGAGGAAGCUAAGAGAAUGUUAAGUGAUACUGAGCCAAUGGAAACUGCUCCAUCUCAGAAGUUCAUUGAACAAUCACCAUUGGCACCACCAAGACCACCACCACCGACACCAGCCACAAUGUCGGCUGAAUCAUCACCUAUACCCAAACGGAGAAGACUUGGAGCUAAGCCCCUUGAGGAAAAGGUAAGCCCUGCCUGGGCCCCUAGACCUCAAGCUCCUCCUCCUCAACAAGAACAGCCAAUGGAGGUUGAGGAAGAGCUAAUGCCUCAGUCGGUGGCUGAUGCCAAGAGAAUGUUUGAGACACCAGAAGAAUCAAUGCCACCAGCUAGAGCAGCUCCAGUCUAUACGCCCACACCACCGACUCCUAAACACAAGGUGCCAGAGAAGAAACCAACCAAAAAGAGAGUAAAACUACCAAGUCCUCCAAGUUAUGAAAUAGAAAGAGAAGGACCAGUACAGGAAAUCAACUACGCCUCAGAAACAGAAUCAGGAUAUUUACGUUUUGUAUCUGAGGAUGAAUUAGACACCCCUAGGAAAAUAAUACCAGCACAAAAACCAGUACCAACACCACAGCGUAAACCAGUACCAGAAAAGAAAAUGGUAUCUGAACAGAAAUGGGUACCAGAGAGGAAACUAUCACCUGAACGUAAACCAGUACCAGAACAGAAACUGUUACCAGAAAAGAAACCAGUAGCAGAACAUAAGCCAGCCAAGAAAAGAGUCAAAUUUCCAUCUCCUCCAGGUUAUGAGAUUGAGAAGGAAGGACCUGUACAACAGAUAAGUUAUGCCUCCGACACAGAAUCAGGAUAUCUACGUCUUGUGUCAGAGGAUGAACUAGACAGAUCAAGAGUUCAACACAGAACAGAGAAAAGAAUGUUUUUGGAGGCAUCUAAGAUGCCAAAGCUAGCUCCAAAGCCAGUUAGGUUCAUAAAGAGGCAAGAAUUUGAGGAAAGCAUUCCUCUAAAAGCUUCUUCAUUGCCACCAGAAACUAAACCUAAACCAGCUCUUAAAAAACCUUCUGCUGCACCCCAGAUACAUAAGGUUAAACAUGUAGUUAGGAUUCAACCCCCAGAAGGUUACCAGUACACUGAUUCUGAUAGUCAUUAUGAGAUCCGUGAAAGAGGACCAGUCCAAGAGAUACAUUAUGUCUCUGAUACUGAAGCUGGUACCCUAAGACUGGUACAUACUACUGAGGAUGAAUCUGACAGAAAUGAUGACUUACAGCCACCAUAUCAGCCAGAGAUUCCAUUCUCAUUACAGACUAAAUAUGAACAAACAAGGUAUAACAAACCAUUGUCUCCAAGAGAGAAAAAGAAAGCCAAGAAGCCUUCACCACCAAAAGAACAGAUUCCAAGGGAUCUGGACAGAGAAAGUGCUGUACGUGAAUUCAUUCGCCGUGAAGGUGAAACCCCAGCUGAAGAAGAUAUUUACACUAAAGACAAACAACAAGCACCUAAGUUUAAGACGCCUCUCAAAGACCUAACAAACCUAAAGGAGAAUGACAAAGCACAUUUUGAAUGCAAGUUAGCACCUUAUGGUGCCCCUAAGAUGAAAGUAGAAUGGUAUAAAGAUGGAGAACCACUUCAUCAUGGUCAUAGAUUUAAACCAUUGUAUGACUUUGGCUUUGUUGUCCUGGACAUCAAAUAUGUCUUCCCAGAAGAUUCUGGAACUUACACAUGUAAAGCUACCAACCAAUUUGGUGAAGAUGAAGUGUCAUGUGUUGUCAAGGUUAAAGGCAAGAGAGCAGUUAUUUCUGACACCCAGUUGCCAGGAGAGGGCGCUAUUAAACUACAAGAAAUGGAGGAACACUGGAGAACUCCUAUGAUACUAGAUGAACAAGAAUUACAUGAACCAAAGAAGAAAAGACAUCCACCAUCAAUAGAUCUCAAACCAGAACCCAUAGAAGUCGCUGAGGGUGAACCAGCUAAAUUCAUGGUCAAAGUUAGUGGCCACCCACGACCUCGUGUCACAUGGUGGGUCAACGAAACUCAGAUCAUGGCUGGAUCAAGAUUCCAAGUACGUUAUGAUGGUAUGAUGCACUACAUGACAAUCCUAAAAGUACGGGAAUAUGAAGCAGGACAAGUCCGUGUUGUCACCAAGAAUUCUGAAGGUGAAGCUGAGGCUAGUACAACCUUGUCUGUUGUACCCAAGGACGAUUGGAGGUCAAAACUCAGACAAGCUCCUAAAGGAGAGCUUGAAAUUGAAUUGGAUAGAAGACACAAGAUUGAACUGAGAACACCUGAAUUACAAAAGGCAUUUGAAAAGCCAAGAGCUACUGAAUUCCAACUUAAGCAAAUUGAAAGAGCUGCAGAAACUAGAGUCAAAAUGAAACAUGACAAAGAAAUAAGAAAAACAGAAUAUGUCAGCAUCUCUAGUCAAUACAGACAGCUGCCACAGGAGAUACCAGCAGCUAGAGCUGUACGACAAGAUCGUCCAGAAAUACAGAUAGACAUUCAGAAGGCCAAGAUCAUACCUGUCAUGCCUGAACAACAACCAGAGGAAUCCAAGAUGUCAGAGACAUUUAUUACAUUGGAAAGACGAGAAGCUCCUGUCUUUACCAAGCCACUCAGACCUUCCAGAAUAACUGAAGGAAAACCUGUCACGUUGGAGGUCCAUUACAAAGGUUUCCCACCACCAAUUAUAUCAUGGUAUCGUGACAACUUUGAGAUCCAACCGUCACAUGACUUCCAGAUAAACACAACAGAGACCGUGAGCACACUCAGUAUUCCUGAAGUUUUCCCAGAAGAUACAGGAAUGUUCACAGUCAAAGCUUACAACAUGUACGGCACAGUACAAUGUAAAGCUAAACUCACAGUCAUAGAAGAAGAAGAACCAGAAAGAGACCAGCCCCCAGAGUUCAGAAGUCUGAUUAGAGAUACUAACUCAUUAGAGGGAGAACCAGCCACAUUUGAUUGUCAAGUGUCUGGACGUCCUAAACCAACUGUUGCAUGGCAAAAGGAUGGCCAUUCAAUCCCAGACAGUCCUCGUACCAAGUUUAUUGAGGAAGAUGAGAAUAACACCUUCCUGAUUUAUGAGGUCAAACCUGAAGAUGCUGGACAAUACAGUUGUGUGGCCUUGAACCCAGUUGGCAAGGCAACAUGUACAGCUAGACUUAAUGUUGAAUUGCCAGUUGGACCACCAGAAACAUUGGAGAAACCAAAGCCCAUAGAAGCAGUAAAGGCCCCUGCUGUUGUAGAAGGUCCAAAGAAUAAUGUAGUUGAUGAGGGAGAACCUGCCACUUUUGUUGCCAAGAUAUCAGGCUAUCCAGUUCCAGUUGUGACAUGGUACCGUAACAACCAGAUUGUGAAGCCAUCCAAGUAUUUCCAGAUGGAGACCACACCAGAAGGUACACACAGUCUGAACAUACUGGAGGCUUUCCCAGAAGACACAGGAACAUACAGAUGUGUCGCUAGGAACAAAGCAGGGGAAGUAACCUCCUCAGCUUUCCUCAAAGUUCAUGGAUUGGAAAGUGAAACAGAGCAGCCACAACCAACAUCUGCCCAGAAACUACAACCACCAAGCAUUACCAAACCAAUCACCAACACCCUGGUGACGGAAGGUAGUGGGGCUAAGUUUGAAUGUCAGUUCUCUGGACAACCACAACCAGAGAUCAAAUGGCUGAGGAAUGGUCUACAGGUUAUCCAGGAUUCAAGAAACUACAAGAUUGAGAGAAACCCAAACAGUACAGUAUUAACUAUCAAAGAGUCAUUCCCAGAGGACAGUGGACUGAUUACCUGUCGUCUGAAGAAUGCUAUAGGACAAACAGAAUGUUCUGCAGAGCUCUAUGUACAAGACACUGAAGAAGCCAGACUUCUAGAAGAGCGAUACAUUACCACAAUCAAGACAACACCACCAGACUUUGUCAAAGCUCUUUCUCCAGUUACAGAGUUCCAACCAGGAGAAACAGCCAAAUUGGAAGCCACUGUCAAGGCUUACCCACCACCAAGGUGUACCUUCUAUAUCAAUGGACAACCUAUUGUACCAACACCUAGACGUAACAUAGUACGGGAGAAGGACACAAUCAUCUUGAUUAUAAUCAAUGCCCAGAAGGAGGAUGAAGGUGAUUACCAACUGAACGUGGAGAAUGAAGUUGGAUCUGUUACUUGUAAAACAACUCUUACCAUGGCUCCAAAAGAGAAAUUCAUUGAGAUAGUUCCUAAGACAGAGUCUUAUACAAUGACUGAGACUACAACAACUAUCACACGAGAGGAACGUGUUAUACAGCAAGAGAUGAAACCUGAGUUUGUUACACCACUUGAACCAGAAAUAUAUGUUAGAGAGAGAGGCAUAGCCAGACUUGAAUGCAAGAUUGGUGCCUAUCCUCCACCACUGGUAACAUGGUACAUCAACGGUGUGGAGGUCGUACCUUCACCUCAUUAUGAAGUAUUGAAUGAGGAGGGUAAGACUACCUUACUGAUCAUAGAGGUCGGACCAGAAGACACUGGGGAGUACACAUGUAGAGCUGUAUCAGAGAUAGGAGAAACAACAUGUAGUUCUACACUUUACGUACAAGAGCCAGCGACAGAGGAACUAACUAUACCAAAGAGACCAUCUGACAUGGCAGAAUUACAGCCAUCACCAACAGAGUCACUCCACCCACCCAAGUUUGUCAAACCAUUACCAUCACUAGAGGUUGCUGAUGGCCAGGAACUCAGUAUCCCUUGUAAAAUCAUUGGUAAACCUCCACCACAGAUCUCAUUCUUCCACAAUGGUAAAAACAUUGAUCAGGAUGAUGAGUAUGUUAUAUCGUACAAUCCUGACACAGGGGAGAUAAAUCUACUGAUCGUAGAGGUCUUCCCUGAGGAUGAGGGAGAGUAUGUAUGUAUUGCCCAGAACCCUGUCGGUGAGGCUAGUACAAGGUCAUACCUAACUGUUGUGGACACAGGAAUAGAGUUAUAUACUACAGAGGAUGAAACCAUGGAUGUCGAGGAAGAGGAGGUUGUACCAAAGGUUGUAAAGAGGCCACACGCACCUGUUGAACUCAAAUCAUAUGAAGUAGAAGAGAUGGAAGUCACACCCACCAUCAUUGACAGGCCAAAACCUGAGCCAUUGGUCAAAGAACAACCCAGGGAAGAAUCUCCUGAAAGGGAGAGAAUUCAACCAGUUGAAAAAACUGUACCAAAACAACCUGUUGAGGAAGUUGGUGAAGUUGUAGAAGAAGAAGCAAUUCAACCAGCCAAAAUACCAAAGAAAGAGUUACCUCCCUUCAAACAAGUAGCUGAAACAGAGGAAGAAAAAAUUGUACCAGAAAUGAUAACAAAGAAAAUAGUUAUUCCUGACAAGGAAUUAUCAGACAAAUUUGACAAAACUGGCGGUCAACCUAUAGGUGAACCAGCCAAACGUAAACCAGAUCUUGUUCCUGAAUAUGACACAAUGGAGGAGGCACAGGCCAUUGAGGAAGUGCCACCUGAAUUCACAGAUUUACUGAAGCCACAGAUCAUACAAGACGGCAAUGAAGUUACCAUGACCUGCACAGUGGUCGGUAUUCCAACACCAGUGGUCAAAUGGUACAAGGAUGAUCAUGAGAUCAUUCCAAGUACUGAUUUCAAAACAGAGUACGAUGAGAACACUGGUGUAUGUAAACUUACAAUUCCAGAAGUUUUCACAGAUGAUACUGGUGUUUAUGCUUGUGCUGCUAAAAAUCCAUUUGGUGAAAGUGUAACAACGGCUAAUCUGGUUGUUCAACCUACUUCAGAUGAAGAAGAUGAGGAAGAGAUGGACAUAUCAGUCGGCCCUGACAGACAUGUCACUAGAAUGGAAAUGUCACCAGAGUUCAUUAGACCUCUGAUACCUGAGACUAGAGUACUUGAGGGAGAUAUAGCCAGGUUUGAAGUUGAGGUCAGAGGUGAACCACAACCUACAGUGACCUGGUAUAAAAAUGAGGUCAAACUUCAGCCCACUGAUAAUAAAGUAGUUGUAACUGAAGAAAACAAUAAAACCACACUGAUAAUACACAAUGUCAAUCCUGAGGAUGUUGGUGAUUAUAUCUGUGUAGCAGAGAAUGAGAGAGGCGUGGUCACAUGUAAAUCUACACUUCUUAUCAAACCUGUGAAGAAAGUAGAAUUUGUACUGCCAACUGAUCAGAAACCAGAGGAAGAAGAGACAGUACCAAAACAACCAGAGGAAUUCAUCCCUCCAGAGUUUACUGAGCUUCUGAAGCCAACAACUGUUAAGGAUAGCUCCAGAGUAGAACUGAGAGUGAAGUUCCUUGGUAAACCACAGCCUAGGAUUAUCUGGUACCACAAUGGAAAGGAGAUAAAGCCAAGUCAUGACUUUCAGAUCAUCAUAGACUACAGUAAGAAGGAGAGUAUCCUGAUUAUUGUGGAAGUCUUCCCAGAGGACGAGGGAGAAUACACUUGUACUGCCAGGAAUCCAUACGGAGAAUCUAUCACGUCCUGUAGACUUGUUGUUGUUGCUCCAGAUGAAGAAAUUCCAUCUGAAGAGUACCAUAGAACUACCAUUGAGGUACAGCAGAUGUCACCGGAAACUGAGAGACCUAUACCUGUCCUAGAGCGACAUAGAUCCAGGAUUGAUAUUGAACCAACAGAAGAAAUGCAACCCAUUAUUAUACCUGAGGAUACAAGUUAUAUUGAGACAAUAUCUCUCGAUAGAGUGCCAACAGUCACACAACCAUCGACUAAACCAACAGCCUUUGAAAUACAAAUUGGCUUUCCACAAGCACCAGUAACAACAUCAUCUGUAAUCACAGAGACUACAACAUACACUCAGGUUACUACAGAAACAUUCCAUGAUGAAGACGACAUUCCAAAAAUUGUUGAAGGUGACUCGAUUCAUACGACAAGAGUCACAGUAGACAAGGAAGACGACAAGAAACCUGUGGAAGUUAUUGUACAAAUGCCUGUUAAAGGCCCACAGGAUGUUACAGAAGUAACACGAGAAACAAGAACCAUAACCACUGAGGAGAUACGUGCUGUACCUAUGGAGGAGACCGAGACUACAAUGGAGGUCCAUACUGAAACUAUUGAAAUUGUGCCUGAAGAACAAAAGGAAGUUCAAUUUCAGGUUACAAUUCCUUCAAAGGAAAUUCAUAAAACUGAAUUCACCACAGGAAAAGAAAGAAGACCAUCAGCACAGAAAAUUGAAGUGGAAGUUCAUACAACAACAAUGAAACAAAAACCAACUGAAAUUAUUGCUAAAGUUGUUAGAGAGGUCAGUGGGACUGAAAUAGAGGUCACUGAGAUUAAAGAUAUACCACGUCCUCAAGAUGAACAAAUUGAAGAAAUUAGACAAACAAUUGAAAAACCUCAUGAUGAAGAAAUUAUCCCUAUGGAAGAAGUUCCAGAAGAAGGGAAACCUCAGGAAGAAGACGUUAUCCCAAUGGAAGAAGUACCCGAGGAGAAGAAACCUCAGGAAGAAGAAAUUGUCCCAAUGAAAGAAGUACCUGAGGAAAAGAAGCCUCAGGAAGAAGAAGUUAUCCCAAUGGAAGAAGUACCUGAGGAAAAGAAGCCUAUUGUAGAGGAAAAGACAGAAAUUACAAUUCCUAUAACUGAAGAAAUUCAAGAAGCUGUAGAAACAGUGAUAUCUAAAACUACAAUUGAGAAAAAGAAACCUGCUGUUGAUAAACAUUUUAAAGAUGAAAUUUCUAUUGAAGUCAAACCAGAGGAAAACCUCCCUGAAGAACAAAAAGUUGAAAUCUUAUUAGAUAUAGCUGAUCAACUUACAAAGGAAGAAAAAGUUGAAAUUGUUGUUCCUGUUCCUGAAGAAAAGGAAGAAGUGACUGAAACAGUUGUCACAGAAGUCAAAGUUGACAAGAGAGAGAAGCAUAUAGAAGAAUUAACCAUGAAUAUCAUGGGAGAUGCCAUGAAAGAAGUACAAUUAGUUCUCCCUGUAAAACCAGUGGAAGAAGAUAAACCAGAAGAACAAACAACUGUAGAACAAGUCACUAUAGAGACUGUCAAAGAAGAAUUUACUUUUGAAGUUCCAGAGACUGAAGAUGUACAGAAAGAGGAGACAACUCUUGAGAUUCAGGAAGUUCCUGGAGAAGAAUUCCAGAUUGACAUCAAAAUGGAACAACCUGAACAGGAAGUACCUGUUGUAAUGGAAGUAUCUGAAGUUGAAACAGUUACAGAAACAUCAUCUGAAACUGUUACCCUACCUGAGAGUGAACAGGAAGUUCCUCAGGAGCUUACCAUCCAGAUUGAUGAAAAACAGCAGGAAGAGGUCAGCUUUUCCUUUGAAAUUGAUGAUACAGAAACUACAUCAGUGGAGACAACAACAACUACUGAGGUAACCGAGGAAACAGACACUCAGGUUACUUUCAUGACCACUGAUGUGGAAGAAACACAACAACAGGAUAUAACAUCAGAAGAGGUACCAACAGAAACAACAGAAAUAGUCAUCCAAACAACAAAGGAAACUGAAGCACCAGUUGCCAUGGAAACAACUGGGGAGGAAAUGACAUUCACCUUCCAAGCACAACCUUCAGAAUCUGUUGAGUUUUCUAUGGAAAUGCAGCCAGAAAAAGAAACCACAGAACAAGAAAUCACAACUUUUACGGAAGAAACUGGUACUGAAAGUGUUGAAACUUUCGAGUUACCAGUUUCCCAGGAUACAUAUACAGAGGAAAUGACUCUCAAUGUUGAAGGUCAACCAUCUGAAUCAGUUGAAUUUUCUUUACAAAUACAACCAGAAAAAGAAACAACUGAACAAGAAAUAACAACAUUUACCGAGGAAACUGGUACUGAAAGCUUUGAAACCUUUGAGCUACCAGUUUCCCAGGACACAUAUACAGAGGAAAUGACUCUCAAUGUUGAAGGUCAGCCAUCUGAAGCCGUUGAAUUUUCUUUACAAAUACAACAAGAAAAAGAAACAACUGAACAAGAAAUAACAACAUUUACCGAGGAAACUGGUACUGAAAGUGUUGAAACUUUCGAGUUACCAGUUUCUCAGGACACAUAUACAGAGGAAAUGACUCUCAAUGUUGAAGGUCGACCUUCUGAAUCAGUUGAAUUUUCUUUACAAAUACAACCAGAAAAAGAAACAACUGAACAAGAAAUUACAACAUUUACCGAGGAAACUGGUACUGGAAGCGUUGAAAUUUUCGAGCUACCAGUUUCCCAGGAUACAUAUACAGAGGAAAUGACUCUUAAUAUUGAAGGUCAACCUGAAGAAGAAUUUGAAAUGACUUUAGAAUUCCCAGGUACCGAAAAACAAACAACAGUUAUCAAGGAAACCACAACUACUGAAGUUGUUGGUAAUAUCGGAGACGCUUUUACUUUUCAAUUGCCAGAAAGUGAUGAAUCAACAAUUCAAAUUGAAACAAUUGAAACAGAAGAAAAGCCUCAAGAAGAAAUUGAAAUGACCUUUGAACUUUCUGAUCAAGAGGUCCCAGAGGUGACAGAAACAACUGUAAUGGAUACAACCUCUGAAAGUGUCACAGAGGAAGUGACAUUUGAACUAUCUGAAAUAGAAGAAACUGACAAAGUAGAGGUCACUCUUGAUAUUGAGGACAAACCUAAACUUACAUUGAAAAUGCCUUCUAAAGAAGAAGACAGUGUUGCCAAAAUUGUUAUUACACAAGAAGAGACUACUGAAACAUCUGAAAUAAUAGAUAGGGCAACAACAACACAGGAAAUCUAUGAUGUAGAAAUCCCAGAAGGCCAUAGUCCACCAGAAUUCACUUGGGGUCUAACAACCCUGAAAGUUAUGGAUGGAGAAGAGGCUAAAUUCCGAUGUGAGUUACAGGGAAUUCCCACUUGUCAAGUCGAAUGGUUCCAUGAUGAUAAACCACUUUAUGAGACACAAGAUUUCCACUUGACCUUUGACUCUGAAUCAGGAUCCUGUACUCUACUGAUUGUUGAAGUUUUCCCACAAGAUGCCGGAGAGUAUCGCUGUGAGGCUGUCAAUCCUUACGGCAAAGCUGUCACCAAGGGCUACUUGGAAGUGGAAUCCUAUGAGUAUGUACCUGACACAGAGGAAGCUUCUGACUCGUUUAUGUCGUCAAUGGAUACACCAUCUCCUAGACCACCAGUGGAUUCUGAUACAGAGAUGGCAGCAUUCCCCAAGGAAUUCAUGGACGAGAUACAGAAACUGUCUUCUAAUGGCAUGGACAUAGACAUUGAUGAUGUGAAGAAAGCUGCAUUAAUGGAACUGACAGAGAGAUCAGAAGAGAUUGUGUCGGUACCUGAAGAGGAACAAGAGGAGAUAUCUCAGCCUUCAGACGUCCCAACAGAAGAAGUACACCCUGAACAGGAAACAACACAAGAAUCAAUGGUGACAAUCUCAGAAGAUACACAUGAACAAUCUCAAAUUACUGAAAUUACUACUGAAAAACCAGAAGAGACAAAACCCUCUGAGAUUCCAGGUGAAGAAAUUACACCUGAAAUUGAAUCUUCAAUCGAGUCAAAAGUGACAAUAUCGGAGGAAACACCAGAGCAACCAGAGGUAAUUGAAGUUGAAGUUGCAAAACCAGAAGAAACUCAACCAUCAGAAGUUCCAGUAACAGAAACUAAACCUGAACUGGAAGCACCAACUGAAUCUAAAGUGUCUGUUGUAGAAGAACAAUCAGAGCAACCAGAAAUUACUGAUGUUGAGAUAGAACAAACCAUCGAAACAGCACCUUCUGAAGUUCCAACAGAAGACUCCAAACCAAUAACAGAAGAUACAGUUGAAACAAAAGUUACAGUUGAACAAGAAUCAACUGAACAAAUAGAAAUAUCUGAAUUCCAACCAGAAAAACAACAGGAAGUUGUUUCAAUAGAGGUCAAACCACAGGAAGUGACAAAAGAGGAGAUCACAAUAGAGGUCAAACCACAGGAAGUGACAAAAGAGGAGAUCACAAUAGAGGUCAAACCACAGGAAGUGACAAAAGAGGAGAUCACUGUAGAGUUCAAACCACAGGAAGUGACAAAAGAGGAGAUCACAAUAGAGGUUACAGAAGAUGUAACUGUGGAAGAAGUACCAGAAGAGACAUUCAAGACAACAUUAGAGCAGGAAGCUCCAAUGUUCACCAUCCCCCUCACGGAUCAGUCCGAGACGGAGAAUAAGGUUGUUAAGUUAGUGGCGGAGUACACAGGACGUCCUCCACUGACAGUGACAUGGUACCUGGAUGGUGAUGAGAUUACUCCCAGCGAGGGUAUCGAGAUUGUCACCGAGGAGCGACAAACUGUCCUUACAUUUAGGGAGCUUUUCCCUGAGGAUGAAGGCGAAUAUUGGGUGGAGAUUGCUAAUGUCGCUGGAAAAAUUCGUUCCACAGCUUAUGUCACAGUACUUCCUUUUGAAGUUGAAGAGAAACCAAAAGAGACUACUGUUGAAAUAACAACAAAACUAACUGAAGAAACUACAGAAGAGGUCAAGGAGGUCACUGCCAUGGAGAUUGAAUUCACAGAAAAAACAAAAGAGGUUGUAUCUAUGGAGAUUGAAGUGGAGGAGGAGAAACCAUCAGACCUAACAACUGUUGAAAUAGAGGUCAAGGAUCAACCUAAAAGCACUGUUUCUAUGGAGAUUGAGGUUGAAGAACAGCCAUCAGAAAUUAGUGUCACUGAAGUAGAGGUCAAGGAGAAACCGACCGAAAAGGUCACAACAGAAAUCCAUGUUACUAAAGAUGAAGAAUCUACCCUAACCUUUGAAGUUGAAAAACCAUCUAAACCAGAUACAAAAGAAAGAGAAAUUCCGGAGAUAGCUCCGGCCCCCAAAGAGGUCGAAGAAGGGGUCCCUGAAGCUCCCCGUUUCAUAGAGACCCUCCAACAACAUAUCGAUGUGAUAGAAGGCACACCGGUCACAUUACAAUGUGUCACAGUGGGACAGCCUACUGUCACAUGGUACCAGGAUGAUGAGCCACUCGAAGAAAGCGAACAUUUUGUUGUGGAAUUUGACAGUGGCGUUUGUCGCUUAACUAUUAGUGACAUUUUCCUGGAGGAUGAAGCUGAAUAUAAAUGCACAGCAGUAAAUGAAUUUGGCAGUGCCAGUACUAUUGUAGAACUUUUCGUUGAAAAAACAGCCCCUCAACCAGAGGAAGAAGCUGAAUUAGUGCCUGCCGAGGAGACAAAAGUUUUGGAGGGUCAGGACAUUGAAGUACCUGAUAAAGUGAUUACAUCUACAACAGAAAUCACAACAUUAGACACUACUGGAAGUGAUAUUAUCACUUCUGAGACGGAGGAAGUUUCUUUCGAAAUCGUAACAAAGGAAACAGCAGAGACUGUUUCAGAAGAAUUUACGAUAGAAGAGACACCUCUUCCUGAGGAGAAGGAAGUUCCUCUCAAGGCGACAGUUCCCGAAGUCUCCCAAACGUUCACGGAGGAGACUGAGGUUUUGAUAAGCCAAAAAACUCAACCAGAGGAGGUUUCCCUCACAGCUACACUUCCAGAAGUCUCUGAGACUAUUACUGAAGAGACUGAGAUCUUAAUAAGUGAGGAAACCAAACCAGAAGACAUUAAAGAGGAAAUUACUAUUGAGGAACAACUGUGUCAGCCCAAGGAGGAACUUCCUCAGUUCGAGGAGGCUCCAGAGGAGGAGAAACCAGAUAUAAUUGAACAGGAAGAGGAAGUGCCUACCUCGCUCACUGGGGAGGCUCCAGUAUUUACAACAAAAUUACAACAUUUUAAUAUUCCUGAAGGACAAACAGUUAAAUUUAUCUGUAUUGUUAAAGGAAUACCCCGCCCAGAUGUCACAUGGAUCCUUGACGAUCAUCCAAUCACAGAUGCUGUUACAUACAAGACAGAAUAUCUUUCUGAUGGUACUUGCACUUUAGAAAUAGAAGAAACCUUUAAAGAGGAUGAAGGAGAAUACAUAUGUAAAGCCACCAAUACAUUUGGUUCAGCAAGAACAACAGCUAACUUGACACUGAAAGCUCAAGAGACAGAACAGCCAGUUGAAGAAAGUGAGGAGAUUUCUGCUGAUUUCAAGUUUGAUCUCCAAGAAAAACCAGAUGAAGGAGAAGAUGUUGAGGCUGAGUUCAGACUCAGUGAAACAGUUACAGAUAGUGUACAGGAUGUACAGGCUGAAUUCAGACUGAGUGAAACCUUGUCAGAAAAGGAGAGACUAACUGCAGAAGAAGAGAAAGAGAUAAUUUCAGAUGAAGAAAAGAGAAGAUCACUGUCUGUAUCCUCUGAAGAAAUGGAAGAAGAAAUCACUCCUAUUGAAGAGAAACCAGAAUCUCCAGUGACAAUCACUGUUGAAGAAAAAGAGAUAACUAAAUGUCCUGAAAUAGUCCAGUAUCUCCAAGACAUAUCUGCACAAGAUGGAGGCCAGGCACAGUUGGUUUGUAAAGUCACAGGCCUGCCACGCCCCACUGUCACAUGGUACAAGGGAGAGGAGAUGAUUUUCCCAUCAGAAGAAUUCAAAGUAUCCUAUGAAGGAGAUGAAUGCACACUAAUCAUCGCUGAUGUUUACCCUGAAGAUGCUGGACAGUACAAAGUUGUGGCUAAAAACGAUGUCGGAACGGCUAUGACAACUUGUGAUUUAUCUGUCUUAGCCCCAGAAGAGACAGUAGAAGAACCUGAAUGGUUGGCUCCAUCUUUUAUACAGAAACCUAAAUUCCAGACAGUGGAUGUUGGACAAACUGUUAUGUUUGAAGCCAAGAUUGUAGCCAAUCCAGGACCACAGAUCCACUGGACCAGGAAUGACAUACCAUUGUCCAGUGACAAGAAAAUCCAGAUAGAGACAAAACAAGAUGACCACUUGUAUCACACCACUAUCCAGCUGACCGAUGUUAUGCCUGAAGAUGCAGGAACUUACAAAGUGACCGCUCAAAAUGACUAUGGAGAGGCCAAUGUCUCUGUGUCACUUCUAGUCAAAAAACCCUCUGGUCCAGAACAAACAGACUUCCGAGAAAAACUACAGACUCAAGUGAAAUUUGCUGAAGAUGUUACAGGAGAAGAUGUAACAGAAGAACAACAGGCCGAACAGAAAGAUUUCAGAGAUAUUCUCAAGAAGGCUGACAUACUAGAAGCACCUGAGUUUGUUAAGACCAUCAAAAACCAGGAAAUACCUGAAGGUGAUGAGGUCAAAUUUGUCACAAAGGUCAAGGGUAAACCUGAACCAACAGUAACCUGGUUCCAUGACGACCAGACCAUUGUAUCUGAUGACAUCUACAAGGUCAUCCCUGGUGAAGAAGGUGAAAGUACUCUUCUACUUCCUGAAGCAUUCCCAGAGGAUUCUGGGAAAUACUCAGUCCAAGCUGAAAAUGAGGCAGGAAAAGCUGAAUGUUCAGCUGUUCUCAAGGUCAUCACUGAAGAUGAAUUGGAUGCAGGAGAAGAAGCACAAAAACCAGAAGUCAUUAAGAAAGUAGAAGUUGUAGAACAAGAAGCAGAACAACUAGACUUCAGGGAUGUUCUCAAAUCUCAAGUAAAAACAAAAGUUGGUGUGCAAUAUACAUAUGAGCAGUUGGAUUUCCGUACAGUUCUUAAAACUACAACUGUCAAGUCAAGGAAAUUUGAUGAAGAUGUUACUGGUGUUGAAACAACAGUCACAAUACAGGAAGCUGAACAAGUGGACUACAGAGAUGUUCUACAGAAGAAACAACCAGAAGAAGAUCAGGUUGCACCAGAGUUUGUAGUCAGUAUUGGAGACAUGAAGAUUCAGGAAGGUGAAUCUACCAAAUUUACAGUCAAAGCCAAAGGUCAACCAGCUCCAGAGAUCCAAUGGUUUGUCAACAAUGCACCAAUCAAAACUGAUGAUAUCUAUCAGGUGAUUCCUGGUGAAGAAGGGGAGAGUACUCUGGUACUUUCUGAAGCUUUCCCAGAAGACAGUGGUGUGUAUACAGUGAAGGCCAUUAAUGAAGCUGGACAAGCAGAAGCCACAGCUUUACUUACAGUUAAUGAACUUAUUGAGGCUGAGUCACCACAACCUGAGGAAGAAGAAGACAAAGAGGAAGUGACCUCAUUUGUAAUCAAACCAGAAGAUGAAACUGAGGCUGAGGUCACAGUUCAAAUAUCAGAGGAAAAAGAACAACCAAAAGAAGAUAUUGAGCUUGCCUCCUCACCUGUUGACCGCACGCCUACACAUAGUUACACAUGGACCCUCAUGUCCUCACCUUAUCCUGAUCAGCUUUCACAAACUCUUUUAAAGGAGGAGGUUAUAAUACAACCUGAGACAGAGGAGGAAGAAUCUUCUACAAGGUCUAUCCCUGAGGAUGUCAGUUAUGAGGCUUCCUUUGAAGAGGAUUAUACUGUGUCAGCUGACAUGUCAAUAGAGGAACCUACUCCUACUCAGCCAAAAGAUAUUGAGGCUGAGAGGUUGUUCCCUGAGGACAAUAUACCUGAACAACAAGAAGGUUUUGUCAUGGUAUCAGACGAUCUUAUUCCUGAAAAACCAACAGAAGAAGAAUUCACUAUCAUAUCAAAAGAAGAAAUUCCUUCUCUGGACCUCCCAAAAACUGCCUCUGAUGACGAUAAGGAUGUCAAACCAUACUCUGGUGGAUCUACAAGUUCAUUUGACGAGGAGAAACCUGGACUGAUUGAUAGACCAAUUAAACAGAAAACUGACGACGACAUAUCUAUCUCAAGUGAUGACAUGUCAGAAGAAGAUAUUGAGGAGGAUAUAUCUGUUUCUUCUGCCACAUCUGAGGAAGAAAUUGAAGAAAAAGGAUUUGAAGUAUUAAUGCCUGACAUUGUUCCCAAGGAAAAGGACCAGAAGAAAAAAGAUAUCUCUUCACAGGAGAUUCAAACUAAAGCUCCUGAAAGGGUUAUCCUUGAAGAUAUCCCAAUCCCAGAAGAUGCUAAAAAACCAAGUAAAGAAUUUGAGUUUGUUCUCAGUGAUGCAGAAAAGGGUAAACGAGUUCAACAGCAAGUUGAGGAAGAGAUUAUCUUACCUCACGAAGAACAACCUGAAUUCUUAACAAAGGACAUCACUGAACAAAUUGACAUUCCAGAAAAACCAACUCCUUCUGAUGUAAAAUUCCUAGGUCAGACAGAGGAAGGGGAGAUUACUGCUCCUGUCAAACCUCUUCAUGAAGAACAACCUGUGGAUAUCAGUGGAGGACAAAUAACUAAAACAUGGAGACCUGAUGUUAUAGAACAACCUACUUUACCAUCCAAUGAGCAAUACAGGGGAAGAAUUCAAGAAAAAGAGAUUACUGCCCCUGAAAGGGUUGUUAGGGAAGAAGAAUAUCCCGUUGAUAUUGAAGAGGAAGAUAUAUCUGAAGAAAGGAAACAAGAUAUUACUGAAGAACAAGAAGAUUAUGAGGUAGAUGAAAUGAUUAUCUAUGAAGAUCAAGAACAACCUGAAAACAUUGGAUUUAUAACACACACUAUUGACUAUCUUGAGACGGUCCCUGAGGAAGACUCGUUCAACUCCUCCCAGGAUGCUAGUUUCUCUGUAGAUGAUCAACCAGAUGGACCAACAGGGGAAGAUGUUGCUGUGGAGAAGGUCGUAAUGAGAGCUGUGAUUGAGGACCAAGAUAUUGAGGAAUCAAUUGAUAUAUCACAGGUGACCGAGACAUUUACAGCUGAUGUUUCUGAUGAGAUUGUUAUCCCACAAUUCCUCAGGGAUUUAUCAGACCAGGAAGUGACUGAAGGUGACACAGUGACCUUCAUUGUACAACUGGCAGGAUCUCCUUUCCCAGAAAUCUCAUGGUACAAAGAUGGUAAACUGAUUGAGUCAGGUGAUCAUUACAAGGUAGAGGUCAGAGGUAACUUUGCUUCUCUGAUUUUGAAAGAUGUGAUGCCUGAUGAUGAUGCAGAAUACACUGUCAAGGCCACUAAUGAAGCUGGUACAACAUCUAGUGUCGGACAACUCUUUGUUAAUCCAAUUGGUGAAGCACCAACAUUCAUCUCCAGAAUUGAUGACAAGGAGAUCGAGGUUGGAGCUCCCAUUGUCCUUGAAUGUCAAAUCAGAGGACAUCCUAAACCAAGAGUAUCCUGGCUUAAAGACGGAGAAGAAAUCAUAGGAGAUAGAUUCAUCUAUGAUGUCAACGAGGAAACUGCCAAACUAACAAUUUUAGACACAAUUCCCGAAGAUGAAGGAGAAUAUACCAUUAAAGCAAUAAAUGACAAAGGUGUCGCCACUAGUAGUGCUGAAGUACUCAUUCAAUUAGAGGCACCAAAAUUCACCGAUACAUUAAAGGAUGUCAGUGCUCAAUACUUAGACACUGCUGUUCUUGAAUGUAAUGUUCACGGUAAACCAACCCCUAAAGUGACAUGGUUAGCCAAUGAUGCAGUUAUUGAGGAAAGUGCCAAAUAUCACAUUAGACAAGAAGGUGAUCAUGCCGUGUUGGAAAUUCAUGAUGUUUCAUUAGAGGACUCUGACAUUGUUUACUCUUGCCGUGCAGAAAACGCUGCUGGAGAAAUCAUAUGUUCAGCUAAUGUUGAGACACAAGAAAUUUCACCAGAAACACGAGAAUCACCAGAAAAAGUUCCUAGUACAGAUGAGGCUGUGAAAGGAGAGGACACUGCUGUUAUUGUCACUGAAGGCAAAGCACCAGAAUUUCUACUCAAGAUACAAACAGAGACAGUUGAACAAGGUGAACUUGCUGAUUUCAACGUAGAAGUUAUAGGAACACCAAGACCAGAAAUCCAUUGGUUGUACAAUGGCAUUGAGAUCCUACCAGACAAACGUCAUGCUAUAUUUGACGAGAACAACUUAUCCCACCUACAAGUGUAUGACAUUGACGAGGCUGUACGAGGUACAUACUCCGUGGAGGCUACCAAUGAUUAUGGUACUGCCACAUGUAGUGCUGAAUUGGUGGUCAAAACACAACCAGAAGAGAUUACACAAGAACUCCUAGCUCCUAAGUUCAUUGUUGAGAUACAAACAGUGGAAGCUACAAUCGGAGAAACAGCCAAAUUUACAUGUAAAGCUCAAGGUCAACCCAAACCACAAAUUCUGUGGUUCAAAAAUGACAAAGAAAUCACUAAAGAUGACAACAGAUUUAGUAUACAGUAUGGUGAUGAGGAAGGGGAGGAAACUCUUCUUAUUGUUGACGUUUUACCUGAACAUGAUGGAACAUACACAGUAGAAGCUAAGAACACUGCUGGUACUACUAAAUCUAAAGCUGAACUCUUUGUUGAAGAAGUCCGAGAGGACAAACCCUCAGCUCCAGAGUUCAUCAGAGUACCAGAAAAAGUUUCUGCUAGACAACAUGAUACAGCUCAGUUCAUGGUCAAGGUCAUUGGAACACCCAAACCUAAAGUUGUAUGGAAGAAAGACAACAUGAUAUUGGAAGACAAAGAACUCUACCAAUUGGAAAAGUAUGAGGACCAAUACUGUUUUGAGGUGAAGGACAGUGACGUAGUGGAUGCCGGUGUCUACACUUGUGUUGCUACUAAUGAAGUAGGGGAGGUUACUGUUGACAUUCCGCUGAUUGUCAAUGAGAUAGACCGUGACAAGAGACUAUCAGAAUCCCCACUGGUCCUCCGUCACCAAGACACGUCACAAGCACCAGAAUUCACCCAGAUCUUUGAGGCUGUAACUGUAAUGGAAGAUAAACCAUUAGAGUUAACAUGCAAAGUUACUGGACUUCCACGACCUGAGAUCACAUGGCUGAAGAACAACAAAGAGAUUGCUCAAUCUCCCAAUGUUAAAAUGUCAUACGAUGAUGAUACAUGUACACUGAAGAUAAAGAAAACUAACAUCAUGGACCAUGAAGGAGAAUACAAAGUGAUUGCUGAAAAUCCAGCAGGUAUGGCUGAUGUAACAGCACCAGUCACUAUUGAGGGUAAAACAGAAAAACCUGAAUUCACACGUAAACUUAACAACCGUGAUGUCAAAGAAGGUAGACCAGUCAAAUUUGAAUGUUCUGCCAAGGGUAUCCCUGCACCUGAUAUAACAUGGUUCCUGAAUAACAAGCCUGUAGAAGGUGUACGAUUCCACACAGAUGUCCGUAAGAGUUUCUCUGACACAAUUUAUAGUCUCAGUAUUGAUAAGACAGAGAUUGAAGAUGCUGGAGAAGUGAAAGCCAUUGCUAAGAACAAAGCAGGAGAGGCUGUUACCAUUGCCAAACUCCUUGUAGAAGAGAAAAAAGAAGCUCCUAAAUUUGUAAGAAAAUUGGACACAGUGAACGUUGUUGAGAAUGAUACCGCCAUACUGGAGGUGGAAGUCACAGGAAAACCAAAACCACAUGUCACAUGGUUGACAAUGGACAAAGAAAUCCCUGACACAGACAGAACAAAGAUAGAGGUCGACGGUAACAUCCACAGACUCACUAUCAAAGAUACCAAGAAAACAGACGAGGCCCUGUACACAGCACGUGCCAGCAACCCAGCUGGUCAGGUGUCAUGUAACGGCAGAGUCAAGAUACAACCUGCUAGAAGACCUUCCAUAGUAACAAAAAUGGCCGACACCUUACUUCCAGAAAAUGCUCCUGCCAAAUUUGAAUGUCAAGUAGAAGGACUUCCUCUACCUAAUGUUAAAUGGUUUAUCAAUGAUAAGGAGAUAGAGGAAGGAGAGGAUGUUCACAUCAGAUUUGACAGACGUAGGAGUACUUACACACUGGAGAUUGACAAUGCCACACCCGAGAUGCAGGGUCUUCUCAAAGCUGUGGCUGCCAAUGCCAUGGGAGAACAACUAAUGACAGCUAACCUUGAAGUCAGAGGUCAAGCUCCUAAGUUUGAAGAAACACCACUCAAAUGUACCAUACUGGAAGGUGAAUCUGGAAUGUUCCGAUGUUUGGUAUCUGGUGAACCUGCUCCAGAAAUUCUCUGGUCCAAGGGUAAAUGGAAUAAAAUCAAAGAUGGUGGAAAAUACAAACUUUACAAGGACGAGACAACAGGUGAAGAUGUCUUAGAAAUAACUGACAUCAAGAAGAAAGAUGCUGGAACAUACCUGGUCACAGUUAAGAAUGAGCAUGGUACGACCGAUGCACCAGCAACUCUUAUUGUAACAGACAAACCUGAGGAUGUACAAGAUUGGAAGGACAUGCUCAAACACAGAGAAAUAGAAAGAAGACAGAUUGACGAAGAAGAACUUUUACUUCCCAACCUUAAACAUGUAGAGCUGGAGGAAGCCGCACCUGAAGAAAAGAAGAAGUUUACACCUGGCUUUAUGGAACACGAUGAACCUGUCGCAUUUGAAAUAUUCAAGAAAAGACGAGAAUCUCAGCUGGCUCAAAUCCCAGAGCGAUCAGAGCCAGAGAAGACAAAGAGAGAAAAACCAGAACUAGAGACCUAUGAAAAACCUAAACCUGAAGAGAAAUCUCCUGAAAAAGUGGAAGAAAAGGAGAAAGAAAAAUAUGUCAGAGGAGUUAAACCAAAGGAGAUUGAAGAAGUUGAAGAUUUCCAACUCAAAAUACCUAAGGCUGAUUGGAAGUUUAUAACUCCUCUCAAAGACACAACAGUCAAGGAAACAGAAGAAGCCAUCUUUGAAUGUGAAUUGAACAUUUCAAACGUUUCUGUGACCUGGACUGUCAAAGAUCAGGUGAUAGAACAAAGUCCAAAGUACAUCAUCAAAUCUGACAAGACCAAACAUACUCUCAUCAUUGCCAAAUGUCUGCCUAAAGACAAGGGGGAGAUAACUUGCUCCUUUGCUAAUUUACAGACCAAGGCUAAAUUGACAGUUGAAGAAGUGCCAGCGGAGUUCAUCUUGAAGCUGGAGGAUGCCACGGUUGAAUCAAACCAAGAUGCCACCUUCACUUGCAAGGUCAACAAAGAAGAUGUAGAGGUCAACUGGUUGAUUGACAACAAAGAGGUACCAGAUUCACCAAAAUAUGAUGUGAAGCAUGAAGAUGUGACACAUUCCCUGACUAUUAAGGAUAUAGAUGUCAGUGAUUCAUGUGAAGUGUCAGCAGUAUUUGGUGAUGCAUCAACAUCAGCCAAACUUGUUGUCCAAGACGUAGCUGCUGAUUUCUCCGUGCCACUUAAAGAUGCCACUGGUCUUGAGAACUCAACAGUAGAAUUUGUCUGUGAGUUGACCAUACCCUCAGAUGAUGUACAAUGGUUCCUGAACGAUAAACCAUUAAAAGAAAGUAAUAAAGUCAAAAUCAUUAAAGACGGCAAGAACCACAGAGCUGUUAUUAGUAAUGUCAGCAUUGAGGAUGAAGGUCAAAUAUCAGUUACUGUUGGUGACAAGAAAUCAACAGCUGGUCUCUAUGUUGAUGAAGUUGCACCUGAAUUCACCAAGCCAUUAUCAGAUGCUACCAUUUUGGAGGGAGAAACUGUAGAGUUGACUUGUGAGGUCAACAAAGAGGGUGCCACUGUCAAAUGGUUUUCAGAUGCCAAAGAAAUCACUGAUGAUGAUAAGUUUGAAAUUAUCACUGAAGCUACAGUACACAAACUCCGUCUAAAAGACGCCUCAUUAUCAGACGCUGCUGAAAUUACAGCAAAGGUCGAAGAUCAGAAAACUACAGCAAAACUCAGUAUUGAAGAUACUCCUGUUGAAUUCCUUGCUAAACUAACAGAACAGUUUGUUGAGGAAGACCAAGAAUGUAUUUUUACGUGUGUUGUUGACCGUGAAGAUGUGACGGUUGAUUGGUUCCAUAAUGACUUACCUUUGUUGCCUAGCGACAAGCAUGUGGUUAAGGAUGAGAAAAAGAUGCACACUCUAGUCAUAAAAAAUACUGAUCACUCCGACAUUGGUGAAUAUACAGUUGUCGUGGGUGACAGUAGAAGUUCAGCCAAGCUGAAUCUCGAUGCAUCACCCGUUUCCAUAGUAACACCUCUAAAACAAACGGAAGGUUUUGAACAGCAGAAUGCAACAAUGUCUUGUGAACUUUCUCGUCGCACUACUGAAGCAAUAUGGCUGAAAGGAAACGACAUAUUAGAAGAUUCAGACAAAUAUCGAAUGACAUGGGAUAGUUGCAUGCACAGUUUAACGAUAGUCAAUUUAAAUUUUGAUGAUGAGGCCGAAUAUUCCCUUAUUGUUGGUGAUAAGCGCACAUCUGCUUUUUUGUUGGUCGAAGGGAUGUACAGUAGAGUAGAAAGUGAUAUUGAUGACUCGGAUCAUUUUUCAGAAUCUCAGGGAUCUAUAUUGCUGAUUUGGACAUACAUUCUACAUAUGUUGUGUGCAUGGGAUUUUUGCCUUCCAGAUCUACCUCUUAAUAUGACACUAACUGUCAGUCGAUUGAGAAAAAGACACGAACAUAUAGCGUCAUUUAUGUGCUCAGUAUCAAAAAGUGAUAUUCUCGUCGAUUGGUACAAAGACGAGCACGAAUUAUAUCCUUCUGACAAGUAUGAGUUCGUAGAAGCUGAAUGUGUGCAUGGUUUAAUUAUUCAUGAUUUAUGCAUGGCUGAUUAUGGCAGUUACUGUGUUGUGAUUGGACGGAAAAGAAAUAUGCAUGGUGACCACUUGACCAUGGGAGAGGCCCCAGUACAAUUCAUUAUACCUCUGGAGGAAGCCACUGUCCUGGAGGGAGAGAGCGUGACCUUCACAUGUGAGACCACUGAUGAAAUGGCACCAGCCAAAUGGUACAAAGAUGGCAAAGAAAUCGUCCCAUCUGACCAUAUGCAAACUGAAACAAAGGGCAAGGUCCAUAAAUUGAUUAUACCCAAAGCUGACAUUGAUGACCGAGCAGAAUAUACUGUACAGGUCAAGGACAAGACUAGCAAAGCACCAUUGUUUGUUGAAGAAAAACCAUUGAAAAUUACCAAACCACUUAGUGAGAGAUACAACUCUGUGGAAGGUGACACUUUGACCUUGGUUUGUGAGGUCAACAAGCCUGGAGUUGUUGCUAUGUGGCUGAAGGAUGGAGAGCAGAUAACUAUCACUGAUGGUUACGAGAUCACAGUUGAUGGUAAUCGUCACAUCCUUACCAUACCAGACGUCACUUUAGAUGAUGAAGCUGAAUACACCAUUAUGAUUGGUUCAGAGGAGUCCACUGGACUGGUUCUUAUAGAAGAAACUGCAGCUGGAUUUACUCACAGAUUGAGUGAUACUGACGUAAACGAAGGUGAAAUGAUUCAACUAGAAUGUACAUUGAGUCGCCCAGAUGUCAAGGUCAGAUGGCUGAAAAAUCGUAAACCAUUGACACCUAGCGAUCGUAUCAAGAUAUUAUGUGAUCGUUAUAGGCAUGUCCUACAGAUUAUGGAAGCUAUCCCUGAGGAUGAGGGCGAAUAUACCAUAGAAAUUACUGAGAAUAUUGAAAGUUCUGCUGCAAUUAGAAUCAGAGAACUGACACCCAGCUUUAUCAAAAAACUUAUGAACAAGAUAUCAAAAGAAAAAGACUCAGUUAUACUGGAAUGUGAACUGAACAAACCAAAUAUUCCUGUUAGAUGGCUCAAAGAUGGUGUGGAACUGGUGCCUAGUGAUAGAAUCAGAUUCGUAUCUGAUGGAAACAUUCAUCGACUCAUCAUUGAUGAUGCCACACUAGAGGACAGUGGCACAUAUACUUGUGUAUGUGGCUCUGUAACUACGGAGGCAACUCUUGGUAUAGAUGAAUUACCAGCAGAAUUCAAGAGACCUCUAAAAGACAUCACAGCCAAGGAAGAAGACCAAGUUAUAUUGGAAUGUGAACUAUCUAAACCUAACAAACCUGUCAAAUGGACCAAAGAUGGGAAGGAUAUUGUCCCUGAUGACCACGUCCACUUCUCUGCUGACCUGUCCACACAUCAGAUGUCAAUAGACAAUGUCAGUCUAGAUGACAAGGGAGAUUACACAUGUGUUUGUGGGGAUGUGGCUACAGAAGCUAAACUUGUCAUUCAAGAACUACCAACUGGAGUGAAGAAACCACUAAAGGAUGUCACUGUGAAAGAAAAGGAACAAGUGAUCUUAGAAUGUGAACUGACUCGACCAAACAAACCUGUUAAGUGGUUCAAAGAUAUCAAAGAAAUUAAGCCUGACGAACACAUCCAUUUCAAUGUUGACAUGUUCACACACCAACUGGUUCUGACUGAUGUGAACCUACAUGACACUGGUGUCUACAAACUGGUGUGUGGUGAUGUGUCAACCGAGGCCAAGAUUGUUGUAGAAGAACUACCAACAGAAUUCACUAAACCAUUGGCUGAUGUCACGGUUACUGAAAAAGAAACUGUUUGUUUGGAAUGUGAGGUGUCUAAAGCCAACAAACCAGGCAAAUGGUUCAAGAAUGGCCAAGAAAUGAAACAGGAUGACAAUGUUAAGUUUGUUACCUAUGACAAAACCCAUCGUCUUAUCAUAAAAUCUGCUGUUUUAGACGACGAGGCAGAGUACACAGUGGAGGUUGAGGGACAGACAUCUAAGUCUCAACUCUAUGUGGAAGAGGGACCAGUAGAAUUCCUCAGGCCAUUGAAGGAAGUACAGGUAAUGGAAAAGGAACCAGCCACACUUGAAUGUGAGGUCAAUAAACCAGACCUUGUUGCUAAGUGGUUCCUGGACGACCAAGAAAUAACUGGAUCAGACCGGGUAGAACUGGUUGUGUAUAGCACCAUCCACCAACUCAUUCUUCACUCAACAUCAUUGGAAGAUGAAGGGAAAUACUCUGUAACCAUUGAAGGAGCUAAAUGUGCCACUACUCUGCUUGUUGAUGAACCCCCAGCUGAGCUUGUGACUCGCCUGCAUGAUUUAAUUGUGCCAGAGAAGGGAACUGCUGUGUUUGAAUGUGAAGUUUCCCGUCCUUGGGCCAGAGCUAAUUGGUUCAAAGAUGGCGAGCCUAUAACUGUUUCUGAUGGUUAUGACAUCCGUGUGGAUGGCACACGCCAUCUUUUAUAUCUGCCUAAAAUAUCAAAAGAAGAUGUUGGAAGAUACACUGUAAAAAUUGAUGAUAAAGAAACCACUGCUAGACUAAGGGUUAAAGAACUACCUCUGAAAAUUGUGAAACCAUUACAAAAAGUAGAGGUCAGUGAAAAGGAACAAGUGACCUUGACCUGUGAGGUCAACAAACCCAACAUUAAGGCCAAAUGGUUCAAGGACAAAGAAGAGGUAGAAACCUCAGAGAACAUACAUAUAACAACACAGGAGACUGUUCACACACUGAAGAUUACAGAGGCAACAUUAGAAGAUGCUGGACUUUACAAAUUCCAAAUCGAGGACAAAUAUUCUCAAGCAAAGGUCAAAGUCCAAGAACUACCUCUACAAUUUACUAAGCCACUUUCUGACAUUGAGGUCAUGGAAGGUCAAGAAGCUACUCUAGAAUGUGCAGUUUCCAGAUCAGAUCUACCAGCUAAGUGGUUAUGUAAAGGCAAAGCACUGCCAAAGGACAACAGAAUAACAACUACCUGUGAUAAGAACACUCACAAACUUGUCAUGCAGUCUGUUACAAUGGAUGAUCAAAAUGAAUACUCUGUUAAAAUUGGAGAUAAAGUAUCCAAAGCAAAACUCUUUGUUGAAGAAGAAGCAGUUGAAUUUGUCAGAAAACUCACAGACGUUGAAGUUCAUGAAAUUCCAUCCAAGGCAAUAUUUGAAUGUGAACUAUCGAAACCUAAUAUCACAGUCAAAUGGUUUAAAGACAACAAAGCUCUCCCAUCAGACAAAAAAUAUAAGAUGGUGGUUGAGGGUCCAGUACACAGACUAGAGAUCUGUGACGUGGACGGUGAAGAUGAGGGAGACUACUCUAUCAUUGCUAGGGGAAAGAACUCAGAGGCAGAACUCAUCGUAGAAGUUGCACCUGAGCUCUUCCUGGACAAGAACUUCCAGGAGUCUAUCACAUUGAAAGCUGGCCAGUCAACUGCUUUCGAAAUACCAUUCAAGGGUAAUCCUCAACCCAAGGUCAUCUGGACAUUUAAUGAUGGGGAACUACCCAAGGACAAGAGAUUAGAAACACAGACUAUUCAUAACAUGACCACAAUGAGGCUUGCAAAGGCCAAACGACCAGACGCAGGAAAUUAUAAACUAACCUUGGAGAAUCCUAGAGGAAAAACAUCAGUCGACAUCAAAAUGAUUGUUCUAGACAAACCAAGCCCACCUCAAAAUCUGACAGCCCCAGAGAUAUUAGCUGAUUCUAUCACACUAAAAUGGGAGGCCCCAGAGGACAACGGAGGAAGUGACAUCACAGGAUACCUCAUAGAGAAAAGAGAAUUUAACAGACGAUCUUGGCAGGAAGUAGAAAAGGUCAAGGACCUAGAAUAUACUGUUGGCAAGUUAUUGGAAGGAAACCAGUAUUACUUCCGUGUGUUUGCUCAGAAUGAAAUAGGAAUGAGUGAACCAGUAGAAUUUAAAGAACCAAUUACUGCCAAAAAUCCAUUCACUGUUCCAGAUGUACCUGCAGCACCAACAGCAUCUGAUAUGAUAGCAACAUCCUGUACAGUGUCAUGGCAACCACCAGCCAAUGAUGGAGGUGCUCCAAUCACUGGUUAUCAACUGGAGAGACAAUCUGGCUUCAGUCCUCGAUGGGCUCCUGUCAACAAAGAUAUAAUAGAAGGAACAACCUAUGACCUUUCUGACCUUGUUGAAGACAAUACUUAUAUAUUCAGGGUCAAAGCUGUCAAUAAAGCAGGACCCAGUAAUCCUAGUGAACCAUCAGAAACAUACAAGGCCAAGAAUCCAUGGACAAAACCUGGAAAACCAGAGGCCCCAGAAAUUAUGGGAACUGACAAUUCCUCAGUUGCUCUUAAAUGGGCUCCACCUGCUGAAGAUGGAGGUGCUCCUAUCACUAAUUAUGUCAUUGAAUACAAACCUGUCGAUGCCUUCCGUUGGAUCAAGGCCAAUGAGACUCAGACUGUGACUGAGACAACCUUCAGUGUGACCGGUCUAAAGGAGGGAAGUCAGCUAGAGUUCCGUGUGGCAGCACAGAACAAAGCAGGUGUUGGUGAGGCCUCAGAACCUACCAAACCUGUUAAAGUAGAGGCUCCUUUGGUUGGAGAAGCACCAAAACUCCUGGAACCCUUACAAGAUACCACCAUUGUAUCACCUAAUGAUGCCACCCUAGAAUGUGAUCUCCUACUGGGAGAACCAGAGGCAGAAAUCACAUGGUUUAAGGGUAAGAAGGAGGUGAAAAAGAGCCCUAAAUAUGAGAUGAGUUAUGAAGAUGAGGUUGCUGGCCUUACCAUCCAUCAAACCAAACCAGAUGAUGCUGGUGUUUACAGUUGCCAGGCAACCAAUAUCAUUGGACAAGUACAAACAGAAGGAACACUCUCUGUACAUACUCUCCCUCAACUUGAUUAUGACAACAAACUGAAGAGUAAGCAGUCCAUCAAGGCAGGAGGCUCUUUGUCAUUGACUGUUAACAUCAGUGGUAUACCAUCACCUAAAGUCGCAUGGCUUCUAAAUGGAGAAACAAUAGAAAAGUCACCACGUCUUACAAUGGAAACAACAGAAGAGUUCUCUAUCCUGACCAUAAAGAAUGCCACACUAGAGGACGCUGGAAAUUAUAAAAUUACAGCAGAAAAUGUUGUUGGAAAAGCUGAAGCUGACUUUGAAAUAGUUGUUAAAGACAAACCAUCCAAACCAAACAACUUAUCUGUACCUGAAGUCCAGAAAGAUUCUGCCUUGUUGUCAUGGGAACAACCCAGUGACUUGGGGGGAUGUGACAUUACAGAUUACAUCAUUGAAAAACGUGAUGCCAAGAGAAACACCUGGACACCGGUUGACAAAGUUGAUAAAUCCACAUUCUCUUACAAUGUUAUGAAGCUAUUGGAAGGAAAUGAAUAUUACUUCCGUGUUAUAGCUAAAAAUGAGAUCGGUUCAAGUGAACCAGCAGAAAUGGACAAAGGCACUGUUGCUAAGAGUCCAUUUGAUGUCCCCGAUGCACCACAGAAUCUACAGCCAUCAGAAAUUACAAAAUCAUCUAUGACCUUGACUUGGGAACAACCAGAAAACAAUGGAGGUUCUCCUGUCAUUGGUUACAUGGUAGAACGUAAACCAGCUGACAGUACAAGAUGGACAAAAGUCAACAAGAAAUCCCUCUCAGAUACAAUGUUUACAGCUAUGGACUUAGUUGAAGGAUCUAAAUAUGAGUUCCGUGUGUCAGCAGAAAAUGCUGCUGGUAUCGGCAAGCCAAGUCAACCAACUGGACCAAUCUUGGCUAAAAAUCAAUUUGAAAAACCAGAUGCACCAAGACAGCCGGAAAUAACAGAAGUUACUAAGAAUUCCAUCUCUCUUAAAUGGGUAGCACCAGAAAAAGAUGGAGGAAGUCCUAUCUUCAAUUAUGUCAUUGAAUCCAAACCACCAAGGUCACAUAAAUGGGUACCAGUCACACAUAACAUCCAGGUACCAGAUUGUGCCUUCACAAUAAAAGAUCUAACUGAAGGAUUUGAGUAUGAGUUCCGUGUUCUUGCUGAGAACAAGGCUGGAUUAAGUAAACCUUCACCAUCUACAGGUCCUGUCUUAGCCAAGGAACCAAUAAUUGGAGAAGCACCAUCAGUACUCGAGGGAAUCCCAGAUGUGUCUGUCUUACUUGGAGAAGCCACAACAUUGGAAUGUAAAAUCAACGGACAGCCACAACCAUCUGUGGAAUGGUCCAAAGACAACAAAACCAUUCCUUCCACUAAGAAAUAUGAGACUAGCUAUGACAACAUGGUAGCCUCAUUGACCUUGAGAGAGGUCACAGAGAAGGAUGCUGGGACAUACAAAUGUGAGGCCUCCAAUGAUUUAGGUUCUGUCUCAACCUCAGGACAACUAGAGGUUCAGGCUGCACCAAAACUGGAAUAUGAUAAUAAAUUUAGAGACUUAAUCACUCUACGCAGUGGAACAUCACUAAGAAUUCCAGUAACAGUGAGUGGAAUUCCUAAACCUUCUGUCACAUGGUGUAAAGAUGACCAGACCAUCAAACCAUCAAGUCGUCUUAACCUUGAUACUACCCCCACAGGAAGUACUUUACAAGUCAAGAAAGCUACCAGAGAAGAUGAUGGCAUGUAUGCAAUCAUGGCUGAAAAUGAGGCUGGUGAUGCCAAGGCAACCUUCGAUGUAGAGGUCACAGACAUCCCUGGUCCCCCUGAAGGACCAAUAGAGGUCACAGACCUUCUCAAAGAUAGUGUCACACUGUCAUGGCAACCACCUAAAGAUGAUGGUGGAUCAGAUAUUAAACAAUACCAUGUAGACAUGCGUGAACAGAACCGAUCACAAUGGACUAAAGUAGGAUCUGUCAAAGCACCAACCACAACUAUAACACCAAGUAGAUUAAUGGACGGAAAACAAUACAUGUUUAGAGUAACUGCUGAAAAUGACAUUGGAGUUUCCAAACCAUUGGAGACAUCUGAAUCAGUUAUUCCAAAGAGUCCAUUUGGCAAACCAUCAAAACCAGAAGGACCAUUGACUGCAUCUGACAUCACAGCUGAUAAUGUCAAAUUGUCAUGGCAACCAUCAAAAUCAGAUGGAGGCUCACCAAUCAAAGAAUACAUUGUAGAGAAGUAUGACAAGAGACGUUUAUCUUGGACUAAGGUUGGAAGCGUUGAUGAUCAAACAUUGAGUUUUGUUGUUCCUAAGUUGAUAGAAGGAACUCCAUACCAGUUCAGAGUAUUGGCUGUAAACGCUGAAGGAGCAAGUGAGGCUCUUGUUACUGACGCAGAAAUCAAACCUAAACAACAACCAACUACACCAGCUAAGCCAGUUGGACCAAUCAAAUUCACCAAUGUACUUGGUGAUGAAGUGACCUUGAACUGGUCACCUCCAAAGAAAGAUGGAGGCUCACCAGUAACAUCUUACAAACUUGAGAUAUCAGAAGAUGGUAAAACAUGGACACCACUUGAUAUUACUGAUACUACUAAAUAUACAGCCAAGGGUCUUAAAGAUGGACAGAAAUACUUCUUCCGUGUAUUAGCAAUCAAUGACGUGGGAGAAGGAGAGUUGUUGGUAUCUGAUGUAGUUAUACCAAAAAAACCAAUUGGCAAACCAUCACAACCAAUGGGACCACUUGAAAUGACUGAUGUCACAAAAGAUUCAAUCACACUUCACUGGUCACCACCCAAAGAAGAUGGUGGAAGUCCAAUCACUUCCUAUGUUAUUGAAAAACAAGACAAAAAACGCAAGACAUGGAUACCUGUCCAGAAAGUGGACGGUGAAAUCAAUCAGCUGAGAGUAGACAAAUUACAAAAAGGAACAGAAUAUAUGUUCCGUGUACGUGCUGAAAAUAAAUCAGGACUUGGGGAGCCAUUAGAGGCUGAUAAAGCUGUAUUGCCAAAGAGUCCAUUCUCCAAACCAUCAGCACCACUUGGACCAAUUACAAUCAGUAAUGUCACUGAGAGUUCUGCCGACAUCGAAUGGGAAGCACCCGAACAAGACGGUGGUGCUCCAAUAGAAAAAUACCAGAUUGAAUAUAGACCAGCUAAUAGAUCAACAUGGACAAAGGCUGGAACUGUAGAUGGAAACACCUACAAGUUCAAUGUUAAAGAUCUAAAGGAAGGUCAAGAUUAUUACUUCCGGGUCACAGCCAUUAACAGUGAAGGAUCUGGUUCCCCCUUGGAAUCAGCUGAUAUGGCCAAACCAAGAAAAAUUAUUGAAAAACCAGGUCCACCAGAAAAACUGACCACUGCCAAAGUAGGUCCUGACUUUGUUACAUUGGACUGGACACCACCAUCAAAAACUGGAGGUGAAAAGAUCAAAGGAUACAUUGUCAAGAUGAAGGAAGGACCCUCAGAUGAGUGGACUACUGUUGCUACAGUAAAACCAUUUGAUAAUAGCUACAAGGUUGCCAACUUGAAAGAUGGAGUUGAGUACACCUUUGCUGUAGCAGCUGAGAACUCUGUAGGUCAAGGUGAUAUUUGUAUGCUUGAUUCUACAGUAGUUCCCAAGAAACCUGCAGGACCACCAGAAAAACCAGUUGGACCAUUAGAUACAUCAGACAUAACUAAAACCUCAGUCAAGUUGUCAUGGAAACCUCCAACUAAAGAUGGUGGCUCACCAUUGACUGGCUACAUCAUAGAGAAGAAGGAAGGCAGACGUACAACCUGGUCCCUUGUUGAUAAGAUCAGUCCUGAUGAUACAACAUACACAGUAAAGAACCUGACAGAAGGAACAGAUUACAUGUUCCAUGUCAUAGCAGAAAACAAACUUGGAAGAAGUCCAGCUCUAGAGACAGACAAAACAGUUGUUCCUAAGAGUGAAUUUGACAAACCAGGCAAACCAGUAGGCCCAUUAGCAUUCUCUGACAUAACCAAGGAUUCAGUCACACUAUCAUGGAGCCCACCAACCAAGGAUGGUGGACGUCCAAUAACUAGUUACAUCAUAGAGGCUAAAGACUCUAAACGUACAACAUGGUCCAAAUGUGGAGAUGUCAGUGCAGACGCUACCAUCUUUAUUGCUGACAAACUUCUGGAAGGUGGUGACUAUUACUUCAGAGUUUCAGCUGUCAAUGACGAAGGACCUGGAGCUCCAUUGGAGUCUGUCAAAUCUGUCAGACCUCAAAAACAACUAGAAGCACCACAAGCACCAGAAAAUUUGAAGAUAAAAAGCAAGAACACUGACAAGGUGACCUUGGAAUGGAAAGCACCCAAGGACAUUGGUGGAUCAAAGGUCACUGGAUACCAGAUAUUCAUGAAAGAAGAUGAUUCUGCCGACUGGAAAAAGAUUGGAAGUGUUGGAUCAUUUGACACUUCCUACACAGCCAAAAACCUCAAAACUAACAAACCUUACAAGUUUGCAGUUUCUGCAGAAAACAAAAUUGGCCAAGGACAACUUGCAGAGCUAGAGACUCCAGUCACUCUUCACAAGAAACCAGAAAAACCAUCAGCACCACAAGGACCAAUCAAAUUCUCUGAUAUAACAAAGACAUCUGUUACAUUGUCAUGGCAACCACCAAAGGAUGAUGGCGGAUCACCAAUCACAGUAUACCAUAUAGAAAUGAAGGAAGUAAGAGACAGAACCUGGUCAAAGGUUGACAAGAUCAAACCAGAUAUAACAACAUACUGUGCUCAGAGAUUGAAGACCAAUGCAGAAUAUGUGUUCAGAGUAAUGGCCGUUAAUGAAGUAGGAGUUUCUGAACCACUUACUUCAGAAACUGUUAUUCCUAAGAGUGCUUUUGACAAACCAAGUGCACCUGAAGGUCCAUUUGAAGUUGCAGACCUAACAGAAAAAUCUGCUUUGUUGUCAUGGAAACCACCAAAGUCAGGUGGAGGCUUGCCUCUUUCUGGUUACAUUAUUGAAAGAAAAGACAACAAACGUCCUAACUGGGUCAAAGUUGACAAAGUAUCACCUGAGACAACAACCUACAAAGCAAACAACAUGUUGGAAGGAAACACAUACACAUACCGUGUUCUGGCUGAGAAUGAAGAAGGUGUUGGACCAGCGUUGGAAACAAGAGAAUCCAUCAAACCAACAAAACAAGCAGCUGUCCCAGAAUCCCCAAAAGGACCACUCAAAGUAUCAGACAUCAAACCAACAUCAUGUGACCUAACAUGGAAGUCACCUGACAAUGAUGGCGGAGCACCAAUUGUUGAGUUUGUUAUUGAAUCUUCAACAAACGGUGAGGACUGGAUUCAAGUUGGAAAAGUAGAUAAAUUUAGCAAUGCUUUCACAGUUAAAGAACUUGAGGAUGGUAAACAGUACAGCUUCAGAGUUUGUGCUGUUAACAAAGUUGGACCCGGUAAACCUCUGACUUCAGAUUCUGUUAAAAUACAAAAAGCACCAUCUGUUCCUGAGAAACCAGAAGGACCACUAGAGGUCACAGACAUUAAUAAGGAUUCCAUGACAUUGUCAUGGCAACCACCAAAAUCAGAUGGAAAUUCACCAAUCACAGGUUACAUCAUUGAGAAACGUGAACCAUCUAGAAACUUAUGGUCCUCAGUGAAACGUGUCAGUGGAGAUGUGACAUCUUGUGUUGCUGACAAACUCCAGGAAGGAAAAGAAUAUAUCUACAGAGUCACAGCCGAGAACAAAGUGGGUCAGAGUAAACCAUUGGAAUCUGAAAAGCCACAGAAAGCCAAGAGUCCUUAUGACAAACCAUCAGCACCUGAAGGUCCAAUAGAGAUCACUGAUGUAACAGAGAAAUCUGCUGUAUUGUCAUGGAAACCACCAAAAAGUGAUGGUGGAUCACCACUUACAGCCUACAUCAUAGAAGGUAGAGAAACCAGACGCUCAACAUUUAAAAAAGUGGGAGAAGUUUCACCAACUUCCACAGAAUUUACUGUCAGAGAUCUGGCACUAGGAAAUGAAUAUAUCUACCAAAUCAUUGCUGUAAACAAAGAAGGUCAAAGUCCACCAUUACAGACCAAAGAUAAUGUUAAACCAACAAAGGAAAUAUCAACCCCUGGAGCACCAAGCUUUGUCAAAGUCCCUAAAACUGGAAAGGACUUUGCUGAUCUUGAAUGGAGUAAACCUAAAUCAGACGGAAACUCUAAGAUUACUGCCUAUCACAUCAGAAUGGCCAAAGGUCAACCAGACAACUGGACAGAUGUGGCUAAAGUCAACAGUUAUGAUACACACUUUACUGUUAAAGAUCUAGAGGAAGGUGUAGACUACUACUUUGCUGUGGCAGCUGAGAAUGAGGCUGGAAUUGGAAAACAAGUUGAAACUGACCAAUCAGUAAAACCCAGUAAACCUAAAGAAAAACCAGAUGUACCAGAAGCUCCAUUGGAAGCUACUGACAUAACAAAGGAUACAGUCACAUUGUCAUGGAAACCAAGUCCCAAAGAUGGUGGAUCACCAAUCACAGCCUAUAUUGUGGAAAGCCGUGACAGUUGGAAAGCAAAAUGGAUGCCAGCAGGAAAAACUGAAGCUGAUACUUGUACCUUUACUGUUGAUAAACUGAAGGAAAAACAAGAAUAUUUCUUUAGAGUCUGUGCUGAAAAUGUUGUCGGAAAAUCUGACUACCUUGAAACACCAACAGCCAUCACACCAAAGAGUAAAUUUGACAAACCAAGUGCACCUGAAGGUCCUUUGGAUGUAUCAGAUUUAACUGAAAAAUCUGCUGUGUUGUCAUGGAAAGCACCAAAAUCAGAUGGAGGCUUGCCUCUUUCUGGUUACAUUAUUGAGAGGAAAGACAACAAACGUUCUAACUGGGUCAAAGUUGACAAAGUAUCACCGGAUACUACAACAUACAAAGCAAACAACAUGUUUGAAGGAAACACAUACACAUACCGUGUUCUGGCUGAGAAUAAGGAAGGAAUAAGUCCAGCACUUGAAACAAGGGAAGCAAUCAAACCUACAAAACAAGCAGUUGUUCCAGAAUCCCCAAGAGGCCCACUCAAGGUUUCCAACAUCAAACCAACAUCAUGUGACCUAACAUGGAAGUCACCUGACAAUGAUGGUGGAGCACCAAUCGUUGAGUUUGUUAUUGAAUCUUCAACAAAUGGUGAAGACUGGAUCCAAGUUGGAAAAGUAAAUAAAUUUAGCAACAACUUCACUGUGAAAGAACUUGAGGAUGGUAAACAGUACAGCUUUAGAGUUUGUGCUGUAAACAAAGUUGGACCCAGUAAACCUCUGACUUCAGAUUCUGUUAAAAUACAAAAAGCACCAUCAGUUCCUGAAAAACCAGAAGGACCACUAGAAGUCACAGACAUUAAUAAGGAUUCCAUGACAUUGUCAUGGCAACCACCAAAAUCAGAUGGAAAUUCACCAAUUACAGGUUACAUCAUUGAAAAACGUGAACCCUCUAGAAACUUAUGGUCCCCAGUGAAACGUGUCAGUGGAGAUGUGACAUCUUGUGUAGCUGACAAACUCCUGGAAGGAAAAGAGUAUAUCUACAGAGUCACAGCGGAGAACAAAGUGGGUCAAAGUAAACCACUAGAAUCUGACAAACCCCUCAAGGCCAUGAGUCCGUAUGACAAACCAUCAGCACCAGAAGGUCCAAUAGAGAUCACUGAUGUAACAGAGAAAUCUGCUGUAUUGUCAUGGAAACCACCAAAGAGUGAUGGAGGUUCACCACUUACAGCCUACAUCAUAGAAGGUCGUGACUCAAAACGAUCAACAUUCAAAAAAGUGGGAGAAGUUUCACCAACAUCCACAGAGUUUACUGUCAGAGAUCUGGCACUAGGAAAUGAAUAUAUCUACCAAAUCAUUGCUGUAAACAAAGAAGGACAAAGUCCUCCAUUACAGACCAAAGACAAAGUUAAACCAAUCAAAAAGAUCACUGUCCCAGAAUCACCAAGAGGCCCACUGAAGGUCUCCAACAUCAAACCAAAGUCAUGUGACCUAGCAUGGAAGUCACCUGCCCAAGACGGUGGAGCACCAAUUGUUGAGUUUGUUAUUGAAUCUUCAACAAAUGGUGAGGACUGGAUCCCAGUUGGAAAAGUAGAUAAAUUUAGUAAUACCUUCACUGUGAAAGAAUUAGAAGAUGGUAAACAGUACAGUUUCAGAGUUUCAGCUGUUAACAAAGUUGGACCAAGUACACCUCUGACAUCAGAGGCUAUUAAGAUAGAAAAAGCAGCAACAACUUCAGAAAAACCUGAAAAACCAGAAAAACCAGAAACACCUGAAGGACCACUAGAUGUCAAGGACAUUCAGAAAGAUUCAAUGACAUUGUCAUGGCAACCACCAAAAUCAGAUGGAGGUACACCAAUCACAGGUUACAUCAUUGAGAAACGGGAGCCAUCUAGAAACUUAUGGUCCCCAGUGAAACGUGUCAGUGGAGAUGUGACAUCUUGUGUUGCUGACAAACUCCAGGAAGGAAAGGAAUAUAUCUACAGAGUCACAGCCGAGAACAAAGUGGGUCAGAGUAAACCACUGGAAUCAGACAAACCUAACAAGGCCAAGAGUCCUUAUGACAAACCAUCAGCACCUGAAGGUCCAAUAGAAGUCACUGAUGUAACAGAGAAAUCUGCUGUAUUGUCAUGGAAACCACCAAAGAGUGAUGGAGGAUCACCACUUACAGCCUACAUCGUUGAAGGACGAGAUACAAGACGAUCAACAUUCAAAAGAGUGGGAGAAGUUUCACCAACAUCAACAGAAUUUACUGUCAGAGAUCUGGCACUUGGAAAUGAGUAUAUCUACCAAAUCAUUGCUGUUAACAAAGAAGGUCAAAGUCCACCAUUACAGACCAAAGACAAAGUUAAACCAGUGAAAGAUAUAAGCAAACCUGGAGCACCAACUGUGUUGAAAAUCACAAAAUCUGGAGUUAAUUUUGCCGACCUUGAAUGGGGUAAACCUAAAUCAGAUGGAAACUCUAAGAUUACUGCCUAUCACAUUAGAAUGGCCAAAGGUCAACCAGACAACUGGACAGAUGUGGUUAAAGUCAAAAAUUAUGAUGAACACUACACUGUAAAAAAUCUAGAGGAAGGUGUAGAUUACUACUUUGCUGUUGCAGCUGAGAAUGAGGCUGGAAUAGGAAAACAAGUGGAAACUGGUGAAGCCAUCAGACCAGCUAAACCAAAACAAGAUACUCAAGUUCCAGAUAAACAUAAUAAAGAAAAACCAGCAGCACCAAAAGGCCCACUAGAGGCCAGUGACAUUUCAAAGGACAAAGUAACAUUGUCAUGGAAACCAAGCCCCAAAGAUGGUGGCUCACCAAUCACUGCCUAUAUCAUAGAGAGCCGUGAAAAUAGGCGAGCAAAAUGGCUACCAGUAGGAAAAUGUGAAGACGAUACUUGUACCUUCACUGUUGAUAAACUGAAGGAAAAACAAGAAUAUUUCUUUAGAGUCUGUGCUGAAAAUGUUGUCGGAAAAUCUGACUACCUUGAAGCACCAAAAGCCAUCAUACCAAAGACCCCAGAAGCUGUGCCGUCUGCUCCUGAGGGACCACUUGUCAUCAGUGAUGUCACACAUAAGAGCGUAGUGAUCUCAUGGCGACCACCUAAGAGUACUGGAGGACUUGAACUAACUGCUUACAUCGUAGAAAGACGAGAUGUCAAAAAGACAUCCUGGGUUAAAGUAGAUAAGAUAAAGCCUAAGAUCAGAACCUACUGUGUACAAAAGCUUGCUGAAGGAAAUGAGUAUUAUUUCCGAGUGUUUGCAGAAAACAAGAAGGGAUUGAGUGAACCUUUACAGUCUGCCGAGGCUGUUUUGAUUUGCCGUGAUGCAGGUCCACCUUCUGCACCUGUAGGACCAGUCCACUUCACUGUGGUAACAGCUGAUUCUGUUACAUUUGAUUGGUCACCACCAAGAGAAGAUGGAGGCAGUCCUGUGUCAGCUUACAGAAUCUUAUUAUCUAUGGACGACUCUGAUUGGUCAGAAAUUACCAAAGUGGAUAAACAUGUCAAAGAAUACACAGCCACCAAACUUGUGGAAGGACACAGUUAUGUGUUCCGUAUCAUUGCUGUCAACAAUGUGGGAGAGAGCAAACCUUUGGAAUCUGAAUCUGUUACUCCAAAGAAACAAUCAGGUAAACCAUCUAAACCAGUUGGACCUAUCAAAGUACUUGAUAUCCAGAGAGACUCAGCCACCAUUGAAUGGCAAGUACCAGUUAGUGAUGGAGGUUCUCCACUCAAACAUUACAUCAUUGAGAUGAGAGAGGCCAAACGUAACACAUGGAAGAGAGUCACUAUAAUUGAACCAAACAUAACAAGUUACUGUCUUCAGAAAUUGUCAGAAAAUGUGGACUAUUUCUUCAGAGUUCUUGCUGAGAACAAAAUUGGUAUCAGUGAACCAUUGGAAAUGGACCAACCAAUCACAAUCAAGAGUCCUUAUGAAAAACCAUCAGCACCUGUGGGACCACUUGAAAUCUCUAAUGUCACACUGGAUUCUGCUUCAUUGUCAUGGAAACCACCAAAGAAUGAUGGUGGAACCCCUCUAACAAAAUACAUCAUAGAGGUCAGAGACACUCGUAGAGCACACUGGACAAAGGCGGGUGAAGUCAAGCCAGAGGUCACAACAUUUACUGCUGGAAAACUUCUACUUAACAAUGAAUACAUGUUCCAAGUGUCUGCUGUAAAUGCUGAAGGUCAAAGUCCACCAUUGACCUCAGAUAAAACUGCUAAACCUACAAAGAAACUCAGUCCCCCAUCACCACCACAAAAUGUCAAGGUCACAAAAGUCAUCAAGAAUACUGCCCACCUUGAGUGGUCUCCUCCUGUCAGUGAUGGCGGCUCUAAGAUCCGUCGUUACCAAGUCUGGAAGAGAGUAGAGAUGACCGAAGAGUGGGUCAAGGUCACUAAAUUAGAGCAGUACAAGACCAGUCAUGUUAUCACUGACCUUGAAUAUGAAGUGACCUAUGUUUUUGGUGUGACAGCUGAGAAUGAUGUAGGAGUUAGUGAGAGAUGUGAUACUGACUCUUCUACCAAGAUACAGAAACCAUUAGAUGUACCAUCAACACCAGUUGGUCCACUAGAAAUAUCAGACAUUGACAAAACAAAAGCCAAAUUGUCAUGGCAACCCAGCGAGAAAGACGGUGGAUCCCCCAUUACUGGUUACAUCAUAGAGACACGUGAGGGAUUAAGAUCUACUUACACUGAGGCAGGAAAAACUAAACCCAAUGUUACAAACUUUGAAUUGACUGGACUAAAAGAAGGACAAGAUUACUUUGUACAGGUCAAGGCAGUCAAUGAAGUUGGACCAUCUAAACCUUUAGAUGCUGAAGCCUCCUUUACUGCCAAGAGUCCAUACUCUGUACCAUCCUCACCCAGAGAUUUCAGUGUCAAAGAUUCUACAGGAACAACCGUGACCUUGACAUGGAAAGCACCAGAGUCUGAUGGAGGAUUACCAAUCAAGAUCUACUUCCUGGAGAGGAAGGAAAAGAAGUUUGGACCCUGGGUCAAGGAGAGAAAGAUCAAAGCACAAACAACAGAGUUCACUGUUGAGGGACUACGUGAGGGUGUGGACUACUACUUCAGAUUAUCAGCAGAAAAUGAUGAGGGUUCAAGCAAACCUGUUGAACUUUCACAAGUCAUUCAACUAACAAAACAACAAAUUGUGCCAGACAUGCCAGUUGGACCAAUCAAGUUCACCCACAUUGUUGAAACUGGUCUCACAUUAGAGUGGUCACCACCAAGAAACAAUGGAGGAGCUCCCAUCACUGGAUACAGACUUGAACUGACCAUUGACAGCAAGAUCUGGACAGAGGUCACUAUUUGUGAUGGUCAAACUACUAAGACUAAAGUCAGUAAUUUGACAGCAGAGCAAACUUAUAGAUUCAGAGUUGUAGCCAUUAACAAGGUUGGAGAAAGUAAACCACUUGAAUCAGCAGAAGUUACUCCAACUAAACCUAAAGGUCCUCCUGGUCCACCAACACAUCCUUUGAUUGGAAAAAUAUUGUCACGUGACUCUGUAGAGUUGUCAUGGCAACCCCCACAGGAAGAUGGCGGUUCACCAAUCACUGAGUAUCUUGUGGAGAAGAGAGAUGUACAGAGAUCUAUGUGGUCUAGAGUAGAGAAGACAGAUGGCACCACUUUGAAACUUCUUGUGAAAAAUCUGGACGAUGGAAAAGAAUUUUUCUUCCGAGUGUUUGCUAUUAACAAACAUGGACAGAGUGAUGCUCUAGAAAUGCCUAAACCAAUUAUGAUGAAGAGUCCAUUUGAUAAGCCAUCAGCACCAGAAGGACCUUUGAAGUUCUCCAACCUGACAGAAAACUCAGUAGAACUGACAUGGAAACCUUCCAAAUCUGAUGGAGGAACUCCGAUCACCAACUACACCAUAGAGAUCAGAGAAUCCCGACGUUCAAUGUGGGGAAAGCAUGGUACUGUAGAGGCAACAACUACCAAAUUCACUGCUAAGAAACUAGUGGUGGAGAAUGAAUAUCUCUUCAGAAUCAAAGCUAUCAAUGCUGAGGGAGAAAGUCCACCAUUAAAUGGAGACGAAUCUGUCACUCCAAAACAGAAACUUGAUCGUCCUGGUCCACCCAAAGACCUUAAAGUCAGCAAAAUUGAUGAAAAUGAAAUCACCAUUGAAUGGAGACCACCCAGUAAAGAUGGUGGAUCCAGAGUUAAGAAAUAUCAAAUUUACAUCAAAUCAGAAUCUACUGAGGACAAAUGGAUAAAUAUUGCAACUGUUGAUUCAUUCAAAACUUACUUUACAAUUCUUAAACUAGAACCUAAGAAUAGAUAUUACAUUGGUGUGACUGCUGUAAAUGAAGUCGGUGAAGGUGAAAUGGCUGAGACUGACAAAACAUACUCACCAAAACAACCAAUCAAACCACCUUCACCUCCUAUUGGACCAUUAGAGUUCAAGGACAUCCAAAGGUCAUCUGUUACAGUAUCUUGGAAACCAAGUGAAGAUGAUGGUGGCUCCCCAGUCACACACUAUCUUGUGGAGAAGAGGGAGAAAACUAAGAGCACCUGGAGCUACCUAGAGAAGAUUAAAUCUACUACAACUAGGUACACCAUGACACACCUGAUAGAAAAGACAGAAUACUUUGUUCGUGUGAAAUCAGAAAACAAAGCUGGUUUAUCUGAACCAUUGGAAGGACAGGAACCAGUUAUUCCAAAGAAUCCAUUCAAUCCACCAGAUGCUCCUGAAGGACCACUUAAAGUAUCUAAUGUCACUGCCAGAUCUGCUGAACUCUGCUGGAAAGCACCAAAGAGUGACGGCGGUAAACCUAUCAAACGUUAUGUUGUAGAACAACGUGACCUAAAGAGAAACAACUGGUACCAAGUGGACACAGUACGUCCUACAGUACAUACACUGACCCUUGAUAAGUUAAACGAGGGCAAUGAUUACAUGUUCAGAGUUGUAGCUGAGAAUGAUGAAGGAAGAAGUCAGCCAUUGGAGACGACAGAACCUGUAACACCAAGAAGAGCUCCAGUAAAACCAGGCAGUCCAGGUAAAAUAAAAUCUAGCAAUGUUACUCCAGACUCUGUGACUUUGACUUGGAGUGCACCCAAUGAUGAUGGUGGUUCCCCUGUCAAGAAAUACAUCAUAGAGGCCAAGGAUGGAAGAACAGGAGAAUGGGCAGUAGUAGCUGAAGUACCAUCCAAACUCAGCCAGAAAACUAUACAAGAUUUAGAGGAAGGUGUUGAUUACAUGUUCCGUAUCAGUGCUGUUAAUGACAUUGGACAAGGUCGUCCUACCAACCUAGACAAAUCAAUUAGACCAAUGAGACCUUUAGAAACACCAGAUGCUCCUAAAGGACCACUUAAAGCCUAUGAUAUCAAGAAAGAUUCCAUAUCAUUGUCAUGGCAACCACCUGAAUAUGAUGGUGGUAGUCCAUUAACAGGAUACAUCAUAGAAAAGUUUGACAACAAAGUGGGAGGUUGGAUGAGAGCUACACGACUGACACCUGAUGUCACAGAUUACACCGUGACUGGACUCACACGAGGACGGGAAUACAACUUUAGAGUUUACGCUGAGAACAUACUUGGAGCCAGUGAACCAAUAGAACUACCAGAAUCAGUAAUUGCUAAGAGUGAUAUAGAUGUACCAUCAAUACCAAGGGCCCUUGAGGUUACAGAGGUCACUGAAGACAGUGUGACCUUAGAGUGGUCUCCACCUGAAUUUAAUGGUGGCGCUCCAAUCAUUGGUUAUCCAAUUGAAAGGAAGGAACCAGGCAAAUCUCAAUGGAUCAGAGUAACCAGGGUAGAACCUGAUGUCACAUGGCAUACUAUCAAAAAUCUACUGGAAGGUAGAGGGUACAUCUUCCGUGUUUAUGCAGAGAAUGCUGAAGGAUUGAGUGAACCUGCUGUCAUUGACAAAGCAGCUGUUCCAGAAAGACCACUUGAACGUCCAUCACCACCUGAGAAAUUAGAAACUAUGGCUAUUGAAAAAGACUCCAUCACAAUCCGCUGGAAGAAACCAAAAUCUGAUGGUGGUGCUAUUGUCAAUGGUUACAUCAUUGAACAGAAAGAUGACAAGUUUGGUGACUUUACUAAGGUCAAGGAUGUUGGAAGUACAGUACAUAUAUACAAAGCCAAACAUCUGUUAACAGAUAAUGAAUACAUGUUCAGAGUCAAGGCCAAGAACUCUGUUGGUGUAGGAGAACCUGCUGAAAUCAAGGCUAUCAUACAACCAAAGAAAGUCAUUUCUAAACCAUCUAAACCAAAAGGACCACUUGGAGUAUCAGAUAUAACAGAAGAUCAUGUUAAAUUAUCAUGGCAACCACCAGAACAAGAUGGUGGUUCCAAUCUAACAGCUUACAUUGUUGAAAAAAGUGAAGCUCAACUUCCAAGAUGGCUGAGAGUUGCUAGACUAGCACCAGAUACACUGUCUGCAGAUGUUGACAACCUGAUAGAGAAGAAAGAUUACUAUUUCCGUGUCAUGGCUGAAAAUGAGGCUGGAAUUGGACCUGCUUUGGAAAAUGACCAAGCAAUUGCUCCAAAGAGUAAAUAUGGCCCACCAGGUCAACCCAAAGGUCCAUUGAAGGUUAAACCACUUACCAAGGACAGUGUGACCUUGGACUGGAAGCCUCCUACCACUGAUGGUGGAUCACCUGUCACAUCCUAUUCUAUAGAGAAACGUGAAGGUACCAGACACACCUGGUUCCAUGUUGCAAACACUAGAGGAACUGCUACAGACUAUACAGUGACUGGUUUAACAGAGAAUAAAGACUAUGCUUUCAGAGUGUAUGCUGAAAAUCGUUAUGGAAGAAGUCAACCAUUAGAGUCGGACCUAAUGGUUGCUCCCAAGAAAGUAAUGGAGCUACCAUCACCUCCAACCUCAUUAAGAGUGAAGGAUGUAACUAAGGACUCUUUGACCUUAACCUGGGAAGCCCCAGAUUCUGGAAAGAAAGGACUUACUGGUUACACGAUAGAGAAACGUACACCUGACAGUGAACACUGGGAACGUGUUACUCGUGUUCCUCCUCUUGUCAAGAGUCAUCACAUAAGUGAUCUACCAGAAGGAGGCACAUUCUUUUUCCGUGUGUUUGCUGAAAAUUCAACUGGAGUUAGUAGUCCAGCUGAAUUAAAGAAACCAGUAGAACUCAAAGGAAGAAAAGAUCGUCCAGGAGCACCACCCAGUGCACCAGAAAUAACAGCACUUGGACCCAAAUUUGUGGAGUUGUCGUGGCAACCACCAGAACAUGAUGGAGGUUCACCAAUCAUUGGUUAUAUGUUAGAACGUCAAGAUAUAGCCGGAAGAACAUGGAUGCCAAUUAACAAAGUACCAAUAUCAGACACAAAGUAUAAGAUUAGUAACUUAUAUGAAGAUAUACCAUAUCGUAUCAGAGUCAGAGCUGUGAAUGAUGAAGGUGCCAGCGAACCAUCUCCCGAAACUGAACAGUUUUACUGCAGGGAACAGAAAGUGAUGGAAGCUCCUCAAUUCUCCAAGAAGAUUGAAGAUCUGUCCGCAGUAGAUGGAAAAGAGGCCAAAUUUACCUGUGAAGUCACUGGUCUACCUAUACCUAAUGUUUCCUGGUACAGGAAUUACCGCGAGGUAUUUACUGGUAGACAUUACACCAUCAAGAGUGAGAACGGUGUCCACACACUGACCAUCAAAGAUGUGGAGGAAGGUGGCGAUUCUACCAUCGAAUGUGUGGCAAAGAACCGCAUGGGAUCAGCCACAACCAAGGCCAGGAUGGAAGUUCUAGUACAUCCAAAGAUUGUUGAAAUACCACCUAGAUACCUUGACGGACUAUACAUCUGUAAAGGGGACACAAUCCAGGUCAGAAAUCAGUAUCGUGGCAAACCAGAGCCAAAUGUCACAUGGUCUGUGGAAGGAGAAGUUAUUGAGCGUAAACGUCGUGUUGACAUUAAAGUUACACCUAAACACUCCACUCUGACUAUAAAUGAUUCAGAAAGACCAGAUAGUGGAACCUACAAAAUACAUGUGGAAAACAAACUUGGAAGUGACUCUCUUAGUAUACCAAUCAAGGUUAUUGAACGUCCUGGACCACCAGAAGAUAAACCAGUCAUUACUGGUAUCAACAAGUUUGCUAUCAAGAUGACCUGGAAGGAACCAGAAGACAAUGGUGGUGCUCCAAUCACUGGUUACAUUGUGGAGAAAUGUGAUGUACAAACUGGAGCAUGGAGACGUGCAGCAACAUCUAAAACACCUUUCUCUGCUGUCGAUUGUCUGGAGGAGUUUAAAGAAUACAAGUUCCGUGUUUUAGCUGAGAACAUGAUUGGAAUCAGUGAACCAGGACCUGAAUCAGACGUUAUCCUGACAAGAGAACAAGUACCUGAUGUCGACUACGACAGCAUGUACGAUGCCAGCUUCAGAGGAAAUAAUGUGAACCCAGACCGCAUUAAAGGUGACGUCCUUGGAAAAUACAUCAUUUGUGAAGAAAUUGGACGUGGAGCAUUUGGUGUUGUACAUCGUGCCAUUGAGAGAGCUACCAAUAAGAACUGGGCUGCCAAAUUUAUUCGCUGUAAACCACACGAAAAGGAGAUUGUGAGGCAUGAAAUAGACAUCAUGAAUGAACUACAUCAUGCUAAACUCUUACAGUUACACGAAGCCUUUGAUCAGGCUGGAGAAAUGGUCACCAUCUUAGAAUUGUUGAGUGGUGGUGAAUUGUUUGACCGACUAGUCCAGGAAGAUUUUGAUUUCACAGAACAGGACUGUAUUACCUACAUGAAACAGAUUUGUGAGGGUGUCAGACACAUGCAUAGACAGAACAUCCUACAUCUUGACCUCAAACCAGAGAAUGUGAUGUUUGUAACCAAGGACAGUAAUGAUCUAAAGAUAAUUGACUUUGGUUUGGCCCAGAAAUUAGAGGAAGGAAAAACCGUCAAAGUACUCUUUGGAACAGCUGAAUUCUGUGCUCCAGAAAUCAUCAGCUUUGAACCAGUUUCCUUCUCUACUGACAUGUGGGCUCUUGGUGUUAUGUCAUAUGUUAUCCUAAGUGGAUAUUCUCCGUUUGCUGGAGAGAAUGAUUUAGACACCUUUGCUAACAUCACACUUGGUGACUUUGACUUUGAAGAUGAGGUAUGGAAUGACAUCUCUGAAGAUGCCAAAGAUUUCAUCCAGAAACUAAUGUUGAAGGACAAGAGCGAUAGAUUGACAAUCGAUGAUGCUCUCGCUCAUCCUUGGCUAAAUCCCAGAGAACCUCAAGAUGAUGCCAAGACUCUCAAGCAUGGUGCAGCCGAGAAGAAACUAACAGGCAAGAAAUUGUCAACACUGCAUCACAAAGACUACCAUGACAAACAUAGACACAAGGAAGACGACCUUGACCUACUACCCAUUGGUAAACUAUCCAGAAAUAGCGCCAUCUUCAGGAAGGAAGGAGAUGAUGGUGUAUUUGCCAGGAAUCUCGUAAUGGAAAUGCCACCCCAUGCUCCUGUUGUUAUGGAGCCUUUGACAGAUACAGAUGGGUAUGAAGGAUCCCGUGUGGAAUUAACCUGUAAGAUCAGUGGGAAACCCUCGCCAAAGAUCACAUGGUACCUUAACGGAGAUGAGAUCUUAGAGGAUAAGAAAUAUCAUAUGUUAUACAAAGACAAUUAUGCUUCAUUGUUAAUAAAUGAUCUUGAAGUAGAGGAUGCUGGUAAAUACCGCUGUAAGGCCGUCAAUGAAUUCGGAGAUGUGUCAACAACAGGAAAACUUAGUGUUGAUGAAAAGAAACACAGGAGAAGAAGGAAGAAACAAGAAGAUGCAGCUAUUGCCAAGAUGCAAUAUCCCCGACAUGACUAUGAUACCAGUUUGUUAGACAAUAGUGUGCCACCAUCAUUUACACUACCACUGAUUGACCAAGUCAAACGUGUAGGAGAGGCACUGGAACUUACUGUCACAGUAACCUGUCGUCCAGAACCUGAUGUGACCUGGUACCACAAUGGUAAAGUGAUUAAAUCCUCUGAGAGAUAUGACUUAGAGCACAUGAAGGGUGUAUAUCGUCUGAUUAUACAUGAGAUUGCUCCUGAAGAUGCAGGACAAUGGCAAUGUGAGGCAGUCAACCAGUAUGGAAGUUCAAUGUGUUCCUGUGAUGUCAAAGUCAUAGAAAUUAUCCCAGAAGGAGCUGUUCCACCUAAAUUCACCAAAGGAUUAGAGGACACUACAAUUGUAGAGGGCAACUCUGUGAGACUAGAGGUCAAGGUCAAGGGAUUCCCAGAACCAGAAAUAGAGUGGUACAAAGAAAGACGACAACUGUUCUCUGGACGUCAUUUCACAGUCUCGACUGAAGGUGAUCUCUGCAUACUGACUAUCAGUGAUACCUACCACCAAGACACAGGCAGAUACAUGUGUAGAGCUGUCAAUGUUGUGGGUGCUGCUACAACGGAGGCUAUUCUCAGAGUACAGAAAGCACCAAAGGAAGAUGAACUAGAUUCCUUCCAAUCACCAUCAACCUACCAGCCAAUCAAACCUGUCACAGCAGAAACCACGGAAACACCAAUGAGAAGGUUCAAAAUAGAAACACCACCAAACUUUACAGCCAAACUGAAGGACAAGUCAGUCUCUGUAGGAAAUAGUGUUACAUUCACCUGUACAGUAACAGGAAUACCUAAUCCUAAAGUCACAUGGUACAGAGACGAUCGCGAGGUCACUAAGGAGACACGAUAUCUCGUCAGGAACAAAUAUGGUUUGUUAUCACUAGAGAUCAUGGAUGUUACUGAGAGAGAUAUGGGACAAUUCACAUGUAAAGCUGUUAACAGUGAAGGGGAGGCAACCUGCACAGCUUCCCUAGAAGUAGUUGCUGCUGAAAAAGAAGCAGUAAGAGAACCAUUGAGUAAAAGACCCCAGUUUAUUGAACCAUUACAUGAUAUUAUAGUUAUGGCUGGAGAGGAAGUCACAUUUACUUGUAAAGCAACAGGCAACCCAAGCCCUACAUUUAAAUGGCAGAAGGAUGGUACAAACAUUACUGACUCACAACGUAUUUACAUCGGCUCUGACAGUGAUGGUGUUGCUGAGCUGGUCAUCAGAAGUUCAAGAGUCAGCGACUCAGGACUCUAUGGCAUCAUGGCUCAGAACUCAUAUGGACAUACCAGAUGUUCUGCCAGUCUCAAGGUCAAAGCUCGAUCCAGUUCCAAGUCACCACCAUCAACACCAAGCUAUUCUGAGGAGGAAGAAUUCUCCAUGGCAACAAGACUUGAACGUACAUAUGACAGGAAGAAACCUGUGGAUAUACCAGGUGGACGCCCACCACACUUCACCUUGGCCCUUCCCAAGGUCAUUGAAUUAGAUGAAGGUGACAGGUUACAUUUGGACUGCUCUGUAGAGGGCUAUCCUAAACCAUUCUUAACCUGGCAUAAAGGAGUACGAGAUUUGAAAUAUGACUACAGACACAAAACAACUUCUCUCCAUGGAACAUAUACCAUAGAACUACAGGAGGUGAUGUUGUCUGAUGCUGGGGAGUACACAGCUAGAGCCUCUAAUGCCCUCGGGGUUACUGAGGCUAAAUGUGUAGUCAAAGUCAACAGAAAAUCUAAAUAUAGAGAAGAAGUGCCAACAGAUGAAGCAUUGAAAGCUGCUGCACCAUUCUUUAUCAAACAUCUGCCGACUGCCAUGGACGUGAUGGAAGGCAUGAAUGUACAGUAUGAUUGUUAUGUGGAAGGGGACAUAACUCUUAUCAAAACAAAACAAUCACAGAUGAAGAAAGUAACAACACAAUUCACUUCUCAAGAAUUUGAAGGAAAAUAUAAAGACAUUCCAACAAUGGCCAUUCCACCUAUGAUGAUGGGUGGCGCUGGUGCCUCGUCUAAACAAAUGACAAAAUCUGAUGCUAAACAAUCGCCUAGAUUUCUAGACGGACUUGAAGAUCUGACCUGUCGCACAGGUAGUAUAGCUACCUUAACAGUUGUAGUCGAAGCCAAUCCAGAGGCUCAUAUUACAUGGUUUAAAGAUGGCAAAAGACUAAUUAAUUCAGACCACAUAGAGAUUUUCUAUGAAGAUGGUGAAUAUGUCGUAGAAAUCUAUGAUACAGAAAUCUCUGAUAAAGGGCUGUAUAAAUGUGUGGCAAAGAAUGAACACGGAUCAGCUGAGACACAGUGUAAACUUACACUAAGAGCACCAGAAGAUUUAGAAGACGAUGAUUUUCAUUUUGAAAAAUCAGAACUACUGGCUUUACCUACAGAUAAACCUGGAAAACACAAGAAAUUUGCACCAAAGUUUGUUGUUGAAUUAGAAUCUGUUGUUGAGGUUUACCCGACAGACGACAUACAAUUUGUUUGUGUUAUUGAUGACACACUUGACAAAGUUUGGUGGGAAAAAGAUGGCAAAGAGCUUCCCCAUUCUACCAAUUCUACUAUCAAACAAGAGGCUGACGGAACACAACAAUUAGAGAUCAGAAAUGUUGAUCCUAAAGACCAAGGCCUAUACACUUGUAAAGCUAAGACCAAAUCUGGGGAAAUUCUCAGAACUGAUGCUAAACUUGUUGUUAAAGAUAAAUCAAAGGUCGACACUACAAGCAGUGAUUCUGCUAAACCAAAGUUUACAAGACAAUUAAAGGACAUUUUCUGUAAAGAUGGGGACAAUGUGACAUUGGAAUGUGAAAUUCAAGGUCAGCCCCGCCCACAGAUCACAUGGUACAGAGAAAGCAAGGAAAUUCUGGACAGCCAGGAUUUCCAGAUAAGUGCCAUCGGAGACAAAUGUAAAUUAAUUAUAAUGGAAGUUUUCCCUGAAGAUGAUGGAAAAUACUCUUGUAAAGCCGUCAGUGAGAAAGGGGAGGCAACUACCUCAUGUCAACUUCUUGUUGAAGACCCCGCCUCUUUUUACCUUGACUCAGCCUCUGUAUCAUCCAUUGGAUCAAGUGUUAGUCGUGGUGAUCGGAAAUCAGCGACACCUGCAAGACCAACAAAGUAAACAAAAACAAUCAUGAACUUGACCACAAUAUUCUUAUUCAACUUUGGAAACUGCAUUAUUUUCAUAUGUAAAUCUUGAUCUGGACAAGGUCAACGACCCUCUGACCUUCUGCAGAACACGAAUAUUCAUUGGAUAAACCUCAUUUUAUAUUUCCGAAGUUGGAAUAGAACAAUAAAUACCGAUUAUGACAACCCUGACAACUCAUGGAUUUGACAAUUAUCUCUCUACAACCGGAUUUGACAGAUAAACUACCUAAUUUGACUAAUUUAUUACCGGACAUUACCAUAGAAACAUCAGAAAAUUGUUACCAUGACUACCAACAAACCUGUGAUAAGGA